AUCGUGCCGGAAGUACGGGACGCGUGGCACUCUAACCCGUUUCUAUCUCUGCGACUGAGUCGGCGUCUCUUAGCAACGGGAUGGACGCCGGCGCGGCCGACGCCUGAGGGAGGCGAGCGCUGAAGCUCGUCUAAGGGUGCCUGGCAUGUCGAAGUUAAGCAAAAAGAAGGAGCCGGUGAAGAGCAACAACGUUCUCCAGACGCCCUUCCCCGCUAAAGAGUAAGUCUCCGCUUCUCAGGCGGCACCCGUUCCUCGCCGCCUCUUUCAGUGCAUUUCUGUUUCUAAGGUUAAGGACUCGCUCCUGGAAGAUGUGAAGCGAUAACAGCCGGAAAGAGUGUUUCUGGGCGCGUGCAGAGUGCACUAUCCUUGCCAAAACAGUGUCUGGGGUCUAGGGAAAGGUUGAGCGUAUCAUGAUCAAUAUUUUUCUUUCCAGCUGCAGUUUAGCCAUAUCUAGCCAUCAGCUACUCAAGUAAGUCUUGUCUGUGCUAAAUGUCUUUGAUUCUUGUUUCUAGGCCACAUGCCGUAUCUGCCACAUGUACUUUGCAGCUGUUGGUGGCUUUGUUUUGAUGCUUGAGGAACUGCAGCACCUGGGAUUGGCUGGGACUCAAAACCUUAAACGAUUCUGCAUACAUUGCGCAUUUAUUAUCUCUCCCUUCCUUCAAGAAACUUGGGAAGGAGCUCAUCGUGUGACAUACACACUCCCCUUUCCCAGUCCUUAACAACAGGUACAGGGAAUUGGCCUCGGUGAGUGUGAAGGCUGAGCAGAGACUGAAGCUGGGCCUUUCCACUGCAACCAUCCUUCCACUUUCUACUUUUCCUUAAAAAAAAUGGGUACCCUAUCUUAGAAGUGUCAGAUAUUUUCCUUGUCUGGAAUAUGCAGACUUGCUACAGAAGUGUUGCUCUGCUCCCAGAAAAUGUAGUCUGGGUGGAAUCCAACACAGGCAGGUUAGAGGCAGCGAGAGCAGUAGGGGCCAAGUAGAGUCAGCCACACUUGAAAGCAGUAGCUGUGUUUCCUUGUUUGCACAGAUGUAUGUUAAGGGCAGCAUAUAAAGUAGGAAGGAGAGGCUCUUAACUUCAAUGAAAUUGAUUGGCAAUAGGCUCAGGACAGAUGAAAGAAAGGACUAUUUCACUCAAAACAUUAUUAACUUGCAGAAUGUAUUACCACAGAAUGCAGUGAUGAUUGCUAGCAUUGGUAGCUUUUUUAUUACUAAAAUUCAUGGAGGAUAUGUUUAUCAGUGGCUAUUAGCUUUAAUAGCUAAGGGCAUCCUCCCUUAAAUGAUUCCUCCUUUGAGGAAAGUAUAUCUUUGAAUAUUGAACACUGAGGAAUUAGAAACAACAGGGAAGAGCUAUUGCUUAUACCCUCUGCUUGUGGAUUCCAGGAAGUAUUUGGUUGAUGAACCUUUUGUUUAAUGCAGCAGGGCUUUAUAUGAUUUCAGAACACUUGGGGAUAUGUUUUGGGAAGAUAAGGUUAACGGCAUCUCUCUGUGUCUGCUGCAUGUUUGCAAUCAGGCUUUCCUCUUCACAUGUUAUGUGCACCCUGUUGGUACACAGUAAGCAUACCUGCCGUGGUUAAGAGUGAAUUUAUACAAAAUAUGGAAGAACUGUCAUCAGUUAGUGGUGUUGAAUGAGUGCUAUUGAGAUUCUGGGUAUAGUACCAAAUUGCUGGGUGUUGUACUGUCUAUUUGGUUUAGUAAGCCUUGGAUUUACUUUGUCUUCAGUGAUGUCUGUUUGCCUCUCUCACCACCGCUCCCCCUAAUCAACUAAAAGAGGAGAUGCCACAUCAGUCUCCAGGAACUUCUGAAUGAGCAUAUCAAGCCGUUUCAGCUGUUUCCUGUUAACUGGGAAUUAAAUAAGUUACUGUAUCAGAAAGCUCUCAUACUUUUCUUGAGCCUCGAAUACUAACGUCUUCUGAUGCAGAAAGAAAGGAGUAUAAGACUGCUUGUGUGGCCAGAAGACAUGUCAUGCCUACCUGAGAACUAACCAUAUUUACUAUUUUUUGGAAGGGCUGGAACAGAAUUUCAACAGGAGUUGGCUAAACCAGUAGCUGAUUGGUAAUAAUAGUUGUGCAGGGUCAUUCUAUAGAGCCAUCAAUUCUAUCACUGUGGAUUUGAUGGUGGCUAGCCACAUGCCCCAACACAAGAUAAUGACAGCUAUUCUCAGCAGCUGAGAAGUGUCAAAUACACUUACAGCCAUCAUGGUUAGUGGCCACCUGAUAAGCAAGUCUUUGGGGUAUUUAUCCACUUUUAUCCAAUUCAUUUAUUUACUAAUACAGUGGACGCUCAGGUUGUGAACAUGAUCCGUGCGGGAGGCACGUUCGCAAACCGCAGCGCCACAUCUGCGCACGCGCGGGUUGCGAUUCGGUGUUUCUGCGCAUGCGCGAGCGCUGAAACCCAGAAGUAACCCAUUCUGGUACUUCCGGGUGUUGGCUCGUCUGUAUCCUGAAAACAUGCAACCUGAAGCGUCUGUAACCCAAGGUAUGACUUUAUAGCAUAAAGAGGCCUCACCUAUUCCUCUUCAAAAAGGUACAAGGGGAAAACCUGGGGAUGAACAGGAAAUAAAAUGUAGUACCAAAUGUGAUAUAAUUGUCUGCUUUCCAAUUUUAUUUUAAAAAGUAGGGCACACCCCACAGCUGGGCUCUAUAUAUGUCCUGGGUCCCUUUCAAGUUCAGCAGGCAGAAGUUUCCAAGCUCAGUUUCUUUGUUAUAGAUGGAUUGUUUUGCUGUCUUGUCUAAUAUGAAAGUGGGGAAGAAACCCUUAAACAAAUAACCUAAUGACAACAACAACCAAUCCUGACAUUGUUCUGCAGAUUGACCUUAGUCAAGUCACUGCUUAUAUAUCGCAAAGGAUAUAUAUAUGAAGUCUUUUACGAAGCUGUACUCGAAAUAGUGUCAGGUCAGAGCAGCAUAUCUCUCUUCUACUUUGACAAACCACCAACUAAGCCUUCUGGCCCCAGCUGUCAGGAAAUAUUUAAGUUUAGUUACUGCUGAACUGUAGAUAGUAUUUACCGUAUUCUUCGCUCUAUAAGACGCACCAGACCACAAGGCGCACCUAGUUUUUCGAGGAGGAAAACAAGAAAAAAAAUAUUCUGAAUCUCAGAAGCCAGAACAGCAAGAGGGAUCGGUGUGCAGUGAAAGCAGCAAUCCCUCUUGCUGUUCUGGCUUCUGGGAUAGCUGCGCAGCCUGCAUUCACUCCAUAAGACGCACACACAUCCCCCCUUACUUUUUAGGGGGGGGGGAAGUGAGUCUUAUAGAGCAAAAAAUACGGUAAAUCAAGAGGUUGAUGGCAGCUUGUUGUCGUCUAUUAAGUGAUAUUUUUAACUAUAAAACUUUCAAAGAGGUCAGUUUCUUUCUCCUAGCUUGUUGGCAUACAUCUGUAUGCAUAAUAUUGAAUAUUUAAGUCUGUAUGUUAAAAAUAAAGCACCUGGAAAAUAUUAGGAAGCCUUCCUGCUUUUUAAAAUUGGACUAAUGAACAUGCUUUUCCAUAAGUCUGAAAAGCCCCAAAUGCUGUAACCUUUCCUCUUAGAGAUGUGGUUCCAGCCCUAUGAACAUUUGGUUGCCCUUUUCCACACAUUUUCCAGCUCUACAGUAUGUCUUUUUGAAGUAAAUAAAGACAUAAACUGUUAUCUAAGGAGCUGUCACUAUUCAAUAUAAUAAGAGGAAAUGAAUUACCACCACCCUACAGACUAUUACACAAUGGGAAAAUAUUGGAAAAUCUGCUUGUCUGCUAUCUUGCACUUCACCUGCUUUGUUAAUUUCUCUUGAUGUUUGCCUUAGAGGUACAAUAAUGAAGACACGUUGAAGAAAGUAAUUACUAUGGUCUUUAUAGACAUUUUAUGGAAAUAUUUUUUUAUAGUAGGUACUUAGAAACUAGUCUGAAUUCAACUAGUAAAAUUCAAUUGUUGGUACAUUUGGGUUAUUUUUUAGUUUUAGUUUUUAUUAGUCACUUGCUACCAAGGUCUCCAAGGGACUUACAUUUAGGAACAUAAACAUAAAUACAUUAUACUGUUAAAAAAUCAUAUAAAACAUUAGCAUUCUCAUACAUUCUCCAUACCUUCUCAUGCAGACACCUACAAUUAAUGCACCCACCCACCCCCUGGGUAACAUCUGCAGGAAACUUUUAGAAGCACACUAGCAGCAGAACAAAAUCAGCUCAGCUUUAGAAAAAGUCUUCACCUAGCACCAAAAAUAUGUCAUGCAGACUUCACUGGGAAAAUUAUUCCACAGAUGGGAAACCACAACUGAAAUGGAUAUUAAGGUUCCAUUGACAGCUCCUCAAAGGGUGAGGUGGUAGAAAUGCAACAGCAGUGCAAGAGCAAAGUUUACUUCUCUGUGCAGGUGCAGACAUUUAGUCGCAGCCCCAGUGAACAUUUAUAUUAUGUAAAGGAUUCAUUUGAGCUUGGGGAAGGGGUGAGGUGCACUGUUUGUCAAUAAGGCACCCUGGAUUAUCAGACUGGCACAACGCUGAACAAACAAUCUCACUUUGAAUGUCAAACAGCUCAGAGGUAUAUGGCUCUUCAAUUAGAUGCUACUACUAGUAGAGUUUUCACUAUUUCCCUGCCAACUGGCUAGUAGGCUUGGACAAUAAUGUCCCCCUCAUUAUUUGGGGUCAUUUGUCUCCACAAAAGUUGCAGGCAUUUUUUUAAGACUGGAGGGGGAGCAGUGUGUGUUUCAGGCGGGUUUCCUGAUCACGCAGUAGAGCAUUGUGAUUUCUCUUAUUGAAACAAAACAAAAAAACAACUUGCUGCAACUUCAAGUAGUGGCAGAGCUACAAUAAGCAGCAACCCAACAGCGUUCUUCCUUGUGAAUGACCAAUGGGAAUUGCAUUUCAUCAUAGCAUCUUUCCCAGGGUCAUUCUAGGGAAAAUAAAGAUUUUUAAAGAAAUGCUGUUCCCAUUACUACAAGCCUCUUGUUUUGGUUGUAGAAAUGAUAAUUGUUUAUAUUUUUUCUGAGGGACUGUGAGCUGCGUCAGUCAUAAGGCGCACAUAAUAAGCUGCUCAAAUGAUGUAUUUCUUAUCUCUUCAUUUUAUUUGUAGUGAUAGUACUUGCAUGGGGUUCAAAAUGAAGAUAUUGUGCUUGCCAACAGUAUGAAACUGAAAUUAGAAUAAGAAAAUUUGGAAGUUGAUUACCAUGUAACUAACAGCAAGUUCUCUUCUCAUGCUCACGUUUUAUUUCAGCCUUUGGGGUAUUACUGGAUCAGUCUCUAGUGUAAACCCUCAAGGUCCUUUGGGUGAGUCUAGGAAACCAAGAUUUCCUAUCUGGCCAGAAUGGAAUGAAGCAGAUAUCAAUGUAGAGAAGUGGGAUGCAGGAAAAGGUGCAAAGGAAAAAGAUAAAGCUGGAAGAAGUCCUAUUUUAGUAAGUUUUCUGUAGUAAUCAGAAAAGUUCUUUCAGAUUCAUCAGUAUUUGAGAAUAUGUAUUAACCCUGUAUCUUCUUAAGCACACCUUUUAAAGAUUCAUCAUUGAAUGAGUGCUCGCCAUUCUAGUAAUGCAAUGAGGCUUUUCAUUAAACUAAUAUUAAAGUUAAAAGUGCUUAGCUGUUUCUGAAUCAUACCUUAGCUCAAGCAUUGCCAACUAGUGAUCACAUUUUGCAUUUUAAGAGAGUGAUGUGGGCACCAGUCAUAACACAGCUGCUGGUGGAAGCCAGCAAAAGGACUACCGCAGUGGGUAUCUCAGCACCCUCUCCUCCCUCUGUGUGCCCUCACGCCUCCCCUGAAACCACCAGGAGAACUCCCAGAACAGCAUGUAGAGGAAGGAGAGCACUGCACUGAUAGAAGGACCUUGUUAGCACCUUCUGAUCAGGAUUGUACAAAGUUACCUCUCUGCUGGUAUCUUUCACUAAGAAGAAUGCUGCCUGUUGGGGAGGCUACACUAUGGUGAUGGUCCCAACUUUGCCUAGGUGGGCAGACAGCUACUGCUGGAGGUUUUCCCACCAGCAGUAGAAAGUCUGUAAAUGAGGCAUUUCUGAGUGGGAUCACUAGUAGCUUUGGAUAUGCUGAUAGGGUCCAGCCAAAGUUAAGCACUUUUUGGUUGAACUGCUCAGAUGUGUGUACAUCUGUGUUAUAACCUAUAUUAAAAUCAGUAAGAUUUAAAAGUUGAGCUCCCCAAUUUUUGGCUGACCUUCAUGGGCAACCAAAAUAUUGUGAUCUCUGGGAUCAUACACCCUCCCCUAAGGGCCAAAGUCUUGUAACUGACUUGGUGCUGUGCUUUGAAAACCCAGUGUGAGGCUCUCAAUGAUUACUAUCUGCUGUUCUCUCCCACUCCAAGCUAUGAGCUGGAAAGCAUUGAGAGGGAUUUUACACAUAGUAAUAAUGAGCUCCCACCCCUCAACAGCUCCAUGCAGAAGGGGUAAAGAGCCUUGUGCAACUCUGUGCUCACCAAGUGCUCCAAGUGACUGGCAAGCACAAAGCCAAGCCAACAUUCACCUUCCUCUAUCUCCGAGCUGUAGGGUGAAGGCAGAGACUUGUUUUCCAGUGCUUCCUCUUCUCUUCUCCCUCCACCUGCAAUAGUUCCAGGACUGAGAAGAAGCCUGAGACCCAUCACACUUCCCAGGGCUAUCUGUUUACUUAUCACGAUGUGAGCAGCAAACAAAAUAGUUUACAAAAUAGUAUCAGACUUUGACUGGUACAUUCCCCAGAUUAAUGAUGAUCAUGAUGCUGGUGGUGGUGAUAUAUUUCUGAAUGGCCUUUUACAUGCGUCUCAAGGCAAUUUACAAACAUUUUGUGGACUGCACAAAGAAUAGAAGAUAGGUUUUAAAACAAUGCAACAUAAAACCCUAAGGCAGCUGGAAAAGCUUGUCAAAACAAAAAACGACUUCAGUUAUUUCUGGAAAGUAUAGAUAGUUGGUGUCCUGAAUUACUGUGGAGCUAUUUAUGCUCUUCUAAUGCUACUUUUUUAAUGCUUGUCUCUACAACACACAUUGUUGCUUUCCUUAUAUGAUUGUUGUUAUGCUAUCUAUAAAAAUUUAGAAUUAAAAAUAAUUGAUAGUUUCCAUUUCAUACAAGUGUUCUUUUAUUUUUCUCAGUUGUUUAAGCUUUAGUUCUUGAUCACUAUUAGAAUAUUAGAUAUGCUUCUUAAAAAAAACUUGCAAGUGAAAAGUUUGCAACUUUUCUUUGAAUUGUAUGUAAUUGAAUCUCUUCAGGAUAAGCAAUAUAUAUAUAUAUAGUAAAUGAAUGCUUUUUACAGCAUGUCUUUGAGGAUCCAGAAGGAAAAAUUGAAUUGCCCCCUUCUUUAAAAGUGAGUUUCUGGAGAAGGCCACAAGAAUUCUUAGUCACUAAGGUGAGAAGAUGUUUCUUAUCUGAUGUUUAUUUUAUACAGCAGAGUUGCUAACCCUGCACCCAUUAGUACCCCCACCAGAUUAAGACUUAAGAAAGAAAGAAAGAAAGAAAGAAAGAAAGAAAGAAAGAAGUGUCUCCCUUCCUACAAAGACAGUUAUGAAGCAAAAUAUGCAGAUAAGCAAAAUGUGCAGAUAUAAUCAAUUUCUUUGAAAAGAGCCAGCCUGGCUCUCUUGCCUGUCAGUAUUUUUAGCCAAUGAGUGAAGUCAGAGCUGUGAUUGAUAAGUGAGUUGUUUGGACACCAGACAACAUGAAUCCAUUGAGUCCUGCAGAGUUUCUGUUUCCUCAUGCCCUUUAGUGCACUUUUCCAGCUUGUGUGUUUUUGUUUUUGUUUUUUAGCCGUUCUGUUUAUUUUGUUUUUCUGCCUGCCAGCCACAUGGAGCAGGGGCUACUUGAAAGGCUCUUUAAAAAUGUCUCUGUUGUGGUAGUAGAAAGAAUGUGGGAAUUGCCUGUCAGUCAUUUUGCUGCCUGCAAAGUUGUAGUGGUGAGGGUGCCCAUUUCAGAGUCAUCAUUAUGAUCAUGACCAUUUGUUCCUGCCUGUUCCCAAGUUGUUUGAGUAGGGGAGAGCAUAGUGCAAUGGUAGAAACAUAAUUACAAUCAUAUCCUCAUACACCUCUAAUUUUGAGACACUUGUAGAUGACUUUCCACCUCAAACAUUGUCCAAUCUGGGCCAGUAUUAUUUAACUAUCCACCUGUUACCUAUAUUCAAAGGUUUUGCGGGUGUUUGCUUUCAAAACUUGCCUGACCAGUGUAUAACAGUGGGGGGGGGGCAUGUAUGCCAUGGGAAACAAUGCCACUAUCACACUAUUGUAUGUUACCCACUGAUUAUUUCACUAAUGUCCAAAAUCAGUUCAACAACAGUUCAUCAGUCUUUUACAGAAUUUUAGCACUGAUUACUUUAAAUUGCCUUCCUUAACUUUUGAAUAAUAUUUUGUAGGCAGUUAUACCGGUAAGUUAUUUCAAGAUUUUGAACAUGUAUAAGCCUUCAUAAACAUUUUAAUAAAAGAAUUACAAUUAUCUUUUUAGGUGCCUGUGGUAGUGAAAAAUGAAACGUGGUUUGACCUUUUUUCAGCCAAUGAACAUUUAAUGGGCAGUGAGGUAUGUGUACGAUCUCUUCUUAAUUAAGAAAGCAUAUUAAUUGUGUAGAUGAAUGGAGGAGACUUUUGAUGUUGUCAUAAAACAGGUAAAAUGCCUUUGAUAGGGCAGGGAUGGCUCUACCAUGCUGCAAGGCGAAGUGACCUGUUUCAGGUGAUGCCACAGAAGGAGGGUUAAAUGAAGGGAAGAAUGAGCACACUUACAUUUUCAAAAUGGUGUAAGCUACCUUGAGCUAUUUUAAAAUUCAAAAUGAACUGAGUUUAAAAAUUCAGCUUGGGGGUAGAGUGCCAGCUGCUGAAGAGGUAGCUUAUAUGAAAAAAUAUAUGAUAACACAUGGAUUGAGAACAAUUUCCAUCCAUUUUAACAAGGGGUUUGGUGUUAUAGGGGAGCUACUGAAAGGGAAAAGUGGGGGGAUCCAGGUGAAUUUAAGCAUGUUGGGGUCUCAUUGAUGUCAUUGGCCUUAAGCAUAUGUACAUUUGGAUUGCACCUUACCUAGGAGUAUGUUACCCUGAACCCAGAAAAGCUUGCUUCUGAGUAGGUAAGAAUAGACUUGAACUGUUCAUUAAGGAAGAGCUACAUACUAGAAUACCUUAGGCUGUAGUUAAAAUUAACUAAUCUGUUACCAGGCUGGAUAUCAGGUUCUUGGCCUCAGUCUAGAGACUGGAUGCUGUUCACCCACAACAACAUACGGGAUCUUCCACUUUGUCCCCAUGCACAUAUGAUCCAUUCUGUCAGAGCUGCUGGUGGUGAACAACUGUGUGGUGACAGGAGAGGAAAGGAGUCAUCUAUUCUCCCAGAUGACAGGGUUCUGCUCCUUCUCCCUAACAACAUUCUUUUGCAAAAGUAUGGCCACAUUUGGUUCCAGAUCAUGCUUGCUACUUUAGGGUGUCUUUGUUUCAGAUUAUUUAAUACUGACACACCACCUGCUGUGUGUGAUCCAGGAAGAGAUCCCUCAAUAAAUUCAUAUGGAAAAGUGUUCCCUGCUUUAUUUUGAUUUUUCUUCCGUUGCAUUGAUUGCCUACUUUUAUAAAGGCCUGGUGAUUUAUAAAUAAAGUAUUCUGUGCACCUUUUAAUAUGUCUUUCUGUCUGCCAACCCUUCUCUCUCAUGUCAUAUUGGUGCUUAGAUUCUGCUCUGUUGAGCACAGACUUCUUUUUUAAUGUUCUCUGUGCAGCACUUGCUUUAUUAGCUUCUAUACAAUUAAAUAGUGUUGUUAUCAUUAUAUAUUUCAUUUUAAAGUAGAGUUAGACUAUAUAUGUAUAUGUAUGUAUUGUGAACAAAACUGACUUCUGUUAUUUCCUCCACCACCCAAAAAAACCCCUGGCUUCAGCUGAUAAGAUGGAUAAUAAGUGAAAUCUAUGCAGUUUGGAAAUUGUAUAAUGCACCUGCUUUAAGUCCUGAUCCUAAAGCUAAUGCAAAUGAAGCACCUCAGCUUUUGUGGAAGCCAUGGGAACAUAUAUAUUCAUUAUGCAAAGCUAUCAAGGGACAUAUGCCAUUGUACAAUAGCUAUGGAAAAUAUGUGGUAAAGCUUUAUUGGAUGGUAAGUAUGCAUCAAUCUUUUUGGUAUAUAUUAUGCACAUCAUUUAUUUUACAUAGGUUGCAGUCCUGUUGUGGGGUGGGGUGGUUGAAGGCUGAAAGCCUUUGAGCGGCCUUAUCAAAAGGCUUAAUGAUCUUUCGCUGGAAGGGUGGAAGUGAGGUUCUUGCACUCUUAUGUCCUUCUCCAGUUUAUUAUUUUAUUUUACAGUUUUCCUUUCAUUAGUAGCAACAGCUCCAAAACUGGCAUGGUUUUCUUCUUGGUUUGUAGGGGUGGAUGUGCCAGAGAAUUGGACAGGCUAGGAAUCCUUUGAAUCAGUGCCUUCCCCCAGCACACACCCCUUUCAUUCCUUUCCACACAGAGGCUGUGGACACUUCUGCAAUGACAGGGAGGGGCCAUAUAGGGUUGGAUCUCUCUACGUCUCUCAGAUCUGACAUGGUCUGCAGAAAGGGAAAUCCAGUGCUUCCUAUAGCCUUGGGUUGGGGAAGCUACAACUCUCCAGGUGUUAUUGGACUGCAACUCCCAUCAGCCUCAGCCAGCAUGGCCAAUGAUUUUAAUAAAUGAAUGACAAAUAUUGAACCAAAAUACUGGCCAGUAUAUGAUGCAUGAAUCUAAAGAGAUAGCACAGGCUGAAACAAAUGUCUAUCUCUUCAGCAAGAAAUUAUACAUUUUAAAAUUUAAGCUGUGCCCACAAGCUAUUUUAAAUCCAACAUUAAAGCAUAUAAAUUAUAGUAACAUUUGAAAUAACUAAACCAUUUGAUGUUAAGGAGAAACCACACUCAGGUGAAUGUAGAUUCAGGCCGAUACAAUCCAUGUAUUGAAAAGGAGUGCAAUCCCAUAUGUGAGAUGUCCUAUAUAUAUACAGCAAGGAGGAAAUAAUUCUCCCUUGUUCCAGAUGCUUUGGAAAGUUCCAGAAAAGUGGAUUCUAAUAUAUUGCCAUGGAAGCAUAACAAGCCAUUCCCAAAGUACCAGAACAUUCCAAUAACAUUCUCCCUCAAUGGUUGUUCAGUGGCAUCUGAGUAGCACACUUUGUCCCACCCCAUAUUUCCACUUUAUAUGAGUAAUAAUGAUAGAUGACAAACUGCUUUUAUCAUUAUGCUUUUAUAAGAUGAGAAUGUUCCAACUAAUCCUUUUAGUUCUGAGAGGAUAGUUUUGCAUUGGUGAAAACCACAAGAGCUGACAACUGAGGAAUAGCUCAUCAGUACCCUGCAAACAAUUUCGAAAGUACUAGCUGUGCUGCUUUCCAUUGUGCAGAUGGAAUCUACUGGACUUUCAUAUUUGCUCUCCCUAUUUAUUAAAAUUAUCUAUAAUGAGGGUCACGUUCUUGGAAGGUCACACAGAUUUCCAUGCUGACACCUAAUCACAUUUAAUUUCCUUUCUCUUUUGCAGGGGAGCUGGCGAAAGAUUAUUGUGGAUGACAGCAUACCUUUCAAUGAAGACAAUGAUAUGCUGCUUCCAGUAACAACAUGUGAAAUUGAACUUUGGCCAUUGAUAUUAUCCAAAGCCAUAAUUAAACUAGCAAACAAUGAGUAUGUUUUCUAAGCUUUGUGUCUGUUUUGAGAUCAAAAUAGAGCGAUGGGCAACAAAGCUAGAAUUUAAUACAUAGGGUGGAUGCUUGUUUGUUAAGAAUGAAUGAAUUGAUAGGGGUGCUUUUUGAACCCUAUAAAAUAUAGUAAACAAAGGAAAGAAAUAUAGUAAACAAAGGAAGAUCCUCAGCUGCAGCCAAAGUCAGUGGGUAUGUUAACACAUAAUAUACUAAGCCAUAGUUUAAUGCUACAUGGAUGAGCCUGAAAUGUCUGACUGCAGCAUUAGCUUACAUCCUCCCUGCUUUACUCCUCUUGCACGUCUGGGAGGAGGACUUUGGCAGAGUUUGGUCCUACUUUUAAAGAAUCCCAGCUUAUUGUUUGGUUUAAAACAAAUUGGUUAGUUUUAAGAACUGAGCUUCAUAACCCAUGGUUUGAAAUUGUUUUCUUCUGAAACUUAACCAAAGUUUGUUUUAAACAGGAACUCUGGUUUGAACAUAAUGCUAAACUGGGAUUCUUUGAAAGUUAAACUUGGCUCUUUCCAGCUGUACAGGAAAAGGAGAGAACGCAAUGCAGUAGCUUCGACCUUUUACUCAGACUUGUUCAGGCUCAUCCACAUAGCAGUAAGCCAUGGUUUAAUGUCACAUGUAAAUGCAACUGGAUUAUAUUUACAUUAAUGAACAAACACUUUCAUUUCACAGAGGCCCAGGGUGUCCUUGAUUUUCCCUUCCCUCUGCUGCAAUCUCCUGUACCCCACUGAACACCUUCAACUCUCACAUGAAGCUUUUUGAAGUAGACAUGAAGUUGUAGUAGGAAGAAUGAAGUGGGGAAGCCCUAUUCCAUUUUUGGAACUCAUUUUGCAGUUGUAGAUUCUAAGGCUCUGUUUUGUUAAGGAGGUAUUUAUAUUGCACCCUUCAGCCAAAAAGGCUGCCUAAAUGACUUUUUAAAAAAUCAGCUUUAAGAUGGUCCCUGCCCUUAGGUUUAUGAUCUAAAAAGAGGAAAAAGGAGUGGUCGGGGAGCGAGGUGGAGUGGGAAAGCAAACUGGAGCUCAAUUUGUAACAUUUCAGUUCUUAUAACUGUUAUAAGAUUCUGUUUGUGUAGAAGAGCAGCAUCUACUCACAGGUGUCAGAGGCAGUUAUGGCCACGGCUUUCUUCACCAGAAGCCCUCCUCUCCUCCGGUCCAGGAGCAGAACUGCUGAACAAUGUGCAGGACAGAGCAGCUUCUGCCACCGUUCUUCCCUAAGGCAGCUGCCGUAACUGACUUGAUGACAGUUAGAAUCCUCUCGGGAGGGGGCUUGAUGGAAUUAUUUCCCUCUUCAGCCAAUGUCUGUGGCAGCAUGGGAGCUAUAGACCUGUUUCUCCCAAGGCCCAGGGCCACCCAAACAAGGAAAUGCUAGGGAAGUUGGGGGGGGGGGAAGAUUCAGGGUUUUAGGAGGGCAUAUGUUAUAGAGCUCACUGCAUUGUAGAUCAUGAAUUGUGUUGGCAGUUGGAAAGCUAACACAACAACUAACAAAGUACAUUUGCAUUGCCACCCUACAUAUUGGUCUGUUUGACCAAUAAUUCUAUAACUUUGUGUCUAGCAGUUUCAGUUGCAUAGCUUUGGAACAAAUAUAAUGAAAAAAUUAAAGAAACGUAGAUGUUAUAGCAGCAGAAUUCCACCUCCAUUGUGAGAGGGCAGUAUUCCUCUGAAUUCCAGUGUGCUUCCCACAUGCUUCUGAAUGGCCACUGAGAACAAGAUGAUGGAUGAGCCUGAACCAGCAGGCUCUCUUUCUGUUCAUACGUUAAAAUUUUACUGAGAAGAUCUAGAAUGGCAAUUUUAAAUAGAUUUAUAGGUGGACAUUUAAUAUAAAAGCAUGUCUUUAUUGUCAUGAAAGUUUAUGGCUCAAAAUAAAUUUUCAUUUUUCAGUUAACUUAAGACUAGCUGGCUAACAUAAGUUUUCCUUUGGAAUUUGUCAACUGAAUUUGUUCAAUAAGUUACAGCAAAUUGUGUUGCCAAUAAAAAGUCAUUGGCCAUGGUUUUUGUUCUAAUUUCUUCAAACCAGGCUUCCUCAACCUCGGCCCUCUAGAUGCUUUUGGCCUACAACUCCCAUGAUCCCUAGCUAGCAGGACCAGUGGUCAGGGAUGAUGGGCAUUGUAGUCUCAAAACAUCUGGAGGGCCAAGGUUGAGGAAGCCUGCUUCAAACCUUUGAAAGCUUGAAUUGCUUAAUGCUAUCUGAUGCUAUAUUUUGUUUCUGGGAAGAUAAGAUAGGAGGCCUGUACCCCUCUGACUGCAGCUGUACUGUGAAUUGAUUUGUGAAUAUUCUUGUCUGCUUGCAGUGGAAAUUAUAUAUGAAAUAUGAAGAAUUUGGAAGGAUAUGAGUGACUGUUGAGACAGAAUUAAUAUCUGAAUAGAAUAUUGAUCUGCUUAUAUACAUAUUUGUAUUUGUUUUAGCAUAAAUGAUGUAGGAAAAAGGGAGCUGGGGGAAUUCACAGUUCUACAUGCACUUACUGGAUGGAUACCAGAAAUUAUUCCUCUCCAGUAAGUUCCACUUUUAUAUGCAGUUCCUUCAGCAUUGCGUCCUGUAUACUUGGUUGAUCUGGUGUUUGGGGUGGGAUGGGGUGAACAGAUACACAGUAUUACUCAAAACUUAAAAGCAGUCAAAAUCGACUGAAUUCUGUGAAUUUUUUUAAAAAAAACCUUAAAAGAUCAUAAGUUGAUUGUUGCUGGGGUCUUUUUCUUGUCUUCCUUUCUGCCUGCUCGAUACUCACUCGCUAUUCAAUCACUUUAUGACUCCUUUAGUGAAAUAUUACCUUUUAAAAUGGUUGUAUACAUGUUUUAUUUGUUGGGUUUGUCUGGUAGUUAAUGGUGUCUAUAGGAUUCUAGCCUAAAUUAAUUUCAAAUUCACACUUACCUGGGAGUUAGACCUGUUAAACUCAGUAGGGCUUUCAUCUGAGCAAACGUACAUUGGAUCGUGCUGUCCAAGGAUGUAGGGGGGAAACUAUGUUUCAUCGUUUCAAAUGAUCAUUUUAAAUAUCUGAUUUUGAAACUGCUUGGUUUAGUGUUUUUUGUUUAUGUUAUUUCUGAAUGAGUUUUACAGAGUAAUCCUAACCUUCUGUGCUGCUAGAGAGAGUUAAGAUAAGAUGAUGUCCCUCCACCAGUGGAGGACUCCAUUGCUGCUAAAAGUGCAUUGGGUUGAAAGGCUGUUUGAAGCAGUUAGUAUAGGGCUCCAAAACAUAGGCUUAUAGAAUCAUUAAGAGGGUGGGGCAGGUACAAUGCAGAACCAGCCAUAGAUCCACUAGAUGUAAAGCUGCUCUAUCCCCUGAGGGGAGUGCCAGCAUAGAAUCCCUCAACAGUAUCAGCCUAGAGCCAGCAUUGCAAAAAACAUAUUGACUGGCUCAAGUGGCAAGACUUGGGCAUGUGACCGUUGUUCCACCACUUUACUCCCCUGGUUGGGGUUGCUUUUGCUUUGUCCCUAACCUUUUGGCAAACUGUUGUGCUUGUCUUCGUUGUUAUUUUCUCAGUACUCGAGAAAAAAAAUAGGUUGCAUUUCUUUUCAAGGAGUGGAUACAUUCUAGAUGACACUAGGUUCCAAGAGUGACUAGAACGGUUCCAGUGAUAACCAGACUAUUUAAAUGGUAGUAAAAUUCAGCAUGGUUGCUUGACUUGACUUCUAUAGAUUAAAAAAAAACACUUGAGUAGCAUAAUGCAUAUGCAGUAAAUAAAGAGCAGACAGAACUACAUUUCAAAGUAAUGUUUAUGUAUAUUUUAAAGAUCUGGAUAUUUGGAUAAAGUUUGGGAAUUCUUAAGAGAGACAUUGCCAGAAUUUAAGUUACCAGAAGAAUCCGUUCCUGAACUUAAGAUAUCACUUCAAGACACUAAAAAAGAUCUAAAAUCAUCUGACAUUAAAAAUGAUGCCGUACCUACUGUUAAGCCACCAGAGAAGGUAGAGAAACCUGAAAAAACUGCCAAAGGUAUGAAAUUAUAAAGACUGUGAAUGAUAUGCAACAAAGGACACCUUCUGGACAGAGAAACCACAUCUUUAUUUCUUUGCACUUUUCUGUAUAGACGUCAAAUAAUCACAUUAAAAUCCAAGGAGUUGCCAGACUUGAAGGUGUUACAUGUAUGUCAGAGAGAGAACUGAGGUUUGAUGUAAGGUUGCAAUUCAGUGUACAAUAAAGUACUUUUAAAUCCUAUUGAAAUCAGUGCAACAGUGUGCUGGACUGAAAAUUUAGGACUGCCCUCAGAUAACUCAGCACCACUGAACUUAGUGAGAUUAUUUAUCUUGAACUUAACAUUUAUCUAAAACAGAGGCACAAAUUUUGGUUCAUGGUUUUCUGCACUACCCAUCCCUUGAGACAAGGACCACUGGGUGUUGUGUGACCAUGUAUGGUAGUAUUCACACGUGCAUUGUCUUUCUUUGGUAGAGAAGCAAGAUCAAAAAGAUGUUGGAAAGAAGAGAAGCAAAGAUGGUGAAAGGGAUAAAUUUAGGCCAGGGCCUCAUUCUGGACGCGUGUCUUCUGACUUUCAAAAUUCUCUCCAGCUGUUUCUUGAUGGUAAAUUAUAAUUGUUCCUAGAUGUAUGUAACAACUGAUCUCGACACCGAAUACUUUAUUGACUUCUGCUCAUAAUUAAGGAUUGUAGGCUUUUCCUCAGCUGAAUGAGACUGCAAAAGAUCACACCAGUUUGCAUGAAGCACAAAUUAAUCUCAAAGGCAGGCAGAAAGUACUUCAGAGUUGGUUUCAGCCUCAGAGAAAGUGUAUAUUGCCCCACAUUCCCUUCUUCUUUUAGGUGGUCUGAAGAAGUUAACCUCUUCAGGUGAACUGCAAUCCUGAACACUUUGCUAAAAUUUUGGGUUUGUUGUGGGAAAAGCAGGUGGUGGCUGGGAAGGUACAUGGAACAAUUCACUUGGAGGUUGCUAGUUCCUUCCAUGGUUUGGCUAGCUCUUUUUCUGCUCUAAGCACAAGAGGUCACGUAGGGGCAGAUCAGUCCCCAGGAAAAAAAAGUGAAUAAAAUGUAUGCCGUUUAAGUGUAAAGCCCUAACUGAUCAUGAAACCACUGUUCUGAAGUAGCUCCAUUCAUCUGUGCCUGAAAGGUUACUUAACUUGAACAAAAUUGGUGAAAUCAAGUUUCAUUUCUUGCUUUCAUAGCAACAUAGCACCCAACAAGGUCUAUAAUAGUUAUGAUAAUAUUGAGCUAUUAUCUGUGGCAGCAUUUCAGGGGGUUUUUGUUACUGUUUUGGAGUUUUUUUAUCUUGUAUUUUUAUCUUGUGAACUGCCCUGAAAUCUUUUGAUGGGCGGUAUAUAAAUCUAAUUAAUAAUAAUAUGUAAUGGGUUCUUUUAAUAGGUUCUGCAACACCACUGCAACCACAGAUGGUGGUAUAUGCUUGCUAUAUGCCUCUUUAUGUGUCUGAAAGAAAGAUAUUUGUAUUAGGGAAAAUGGUAAGGCUUUGUUUAUUUUGCCUUCAAAAUAUGAACUAAUAAUCGAAUAAAAGCAGCAAAUAUAUCAGCAAAGAACACAAAACAUAUUUGUGAAAAGGGCUGUUUGUAGGCCAAUUUUCUGCCUCUGUCCAGCUCAGGUUUGGGGUUGGUUGGUUUUAUACCUUAAGUGCUUUGACUUGUUAAAAAGAAACAUAUGUUUCAUAAACAUUCCUUUUUUGAAACUUGGUACAGCAAUGUGCAGUUAAUUGGAAUCCUGGCAUGUAUAGUAUUCUUACCAUUAACAGGGAUAUCUUCCCAAUGUUACUGGAGACUUUCCAUAUAGGUCUAGCUAAGAAUAAGUUGCCCAUCAUAACGAAGGAUAAUCUAGAAGUAGACAGGGCUGUAAUUAUGCUAGUGACUGGCCAAGUUUGCCAACACUCUUUGAGAGAAAUUACAGCUCAAUUACAGUGCAAUAUUUUAUUUCCACUCCAAACCUGAGUCUUAUUGUUUUUGCAGGACUGUGCAGUUGUUCCUAUAUUCCUCUAUAUUCCCCUUCUACCUCCUUGAUACUCUUGUCUUGCCAACGGUAGGAUUGGAGCGCUCAGAUGGAGUUUAGGGCUGUUGAUGGCCCCACAUACAGAGGCAGUGCGGUGCUCUCUGUCCUAGAACAAUUAUGAUAGUCAGAAAUUACAUAAUUGUGCCAAAAUUAGUUUCCUCUUGAUAUUUUUAUGUGUAACACAGCCUCCAUUGUGCAUUUUAUUCCUAUUUCUUUUGCAGGCUGAUUCAUCUGAGCAGUUGCGGCAAUAUGGUCUUUCCCACAUAUACAGUCACCCUGCACUACUAACCAGAACAAGGUCUGGCCCCCUGGUAGCCCCUCCAAAACCACCACCUAUUCCUCGUUGGAAACUUAUCCGCCAGAAAAAAGAAACAAUUGUGACUGAUGAACCCCAAGGUUUGUUUUUCCAGGCUUUGCAGUAUAUUUUAAACUAACAAUAAGCCAAAAUGUAAUACUUGUCUCUUGAUUUCACCCACACUGCCAUUUAGAGGAUCAAAAGGAUUGAUGUAUGAAAAUUCAGAUGCUUUUUAUUUUAUCGGUUACCUAAUAAGUAUUAUUCUGUGCUUGAAAUGAAUACUGAAAGUAGUACUAUUGUGUGGUUUUUGUUGUGUUUCCCUUGUCUUGACCACGUUCGAGACAUAGGGAUAUAUUGUGUCUUCUGAAAGCAAUCUGACCCACAGCAAUACACAUACAUACACAAAAUAUAGUAUAGGAUACUUCUCUGGUUUGGCACAGAAACUUGCAGUGUGGAAAGUGUUAUCAUAUUGAUGGGAGGAAUGUUGACUUUUUCUUUGUUUGGGCCAGACUAAUGAGAAAAGAGAGUGACAGAGAAGAAUAUUACCAUCAUAUUAUCCCUCCCUCGAGCUCCUAAUAGUCAACAUCUGUCUUUGAAGCUUUAUAGCUGUGGCAGAACCAGCUGGAGGACUCUAGGCAUUUGAGCCUCUUUUCCUGCCCACAGGGCAAGACUGCUGCUGGUGGGCUGACCCCAAUCUGGGUCAUUGUUUUGGUACUGUCAUGAAGGUGAGGCUGAUGUUCUUUACAACAUUAAGAAUAUUUUUUUCUUGUUAAAUCUGUGCUGUUAACAUUUUAACAUAAACCUGCUAACCAUGUUUGUCUGUGUGCACAUUUCACCUUCCUGAAUGAAAGGCAGUCUUAUUGUAUAGAACCUGCAGAUAAUAUACUAUUCCCUGGAUUCAGAUUGUUAUUUUUCAAUGAGAGUCUUUUUGUGUGGAGGGUUUCUUAAACUAUGAAGAACUCCUGUUUUUGUUCUUUACCUUCCAGAACCUGUCAUUAAAAAGCCAGAACAAUUCAUUGAACUUGCUAGCCCGUUUCUGAGCUAUAGACUUUCUCCAAUACCAAUACCAAGAGACACGUAAGUAUAUGAACCAGUGGGCUUCAGUGAAUUAUAUUUGGAAACCUACAAUCAAGCGUUAUAUAAAAUUUAAUAAAUAAUGAUAUUUUGUGCAUAAAGGUGAAUUCAACAACAAUUUAACACUACAAAGUGUUAAAGGGGUGUGUUUAUCAAUAGAGGAAGAAAGGGAGGAAAGGAGGGAAAAUGUGCCACAAGUGAUUUGUAUUCAUAGAAGUUCAUGGUAAUGCUGUAAUUUAAAAAAACCUGAACUUCAAAAAUCCCAUUAGACAUAUAUAACUUCCUAUAUGUCCAAAAGACAAUAUGUUGGAAUCAGACUUGCAUUCAUGUUAGAGGAAGGAGAGGCACUUUUCUCAGAUUCUUUUCCACACCCCCCACCCCGAAGAACUGAACCAGAGGAGAUUCCCUAGAGCAGCACGAGAGGCAGCAUGCAUGUGCGAGGGGGGUGGGCUACAUAAGCAAUUGGAGAUGAUGAUGAGGAUUUCAUUUCUAAUGUGUAUUUCCCCGAAGGUCCCAGGGCAGGUUGCAAAAAAUUUAAAUACAACAUUAAAAACAGAUUUAAAAACAAAAAAGACAAUCACAAAAAAUAACUACCAGAAAUGAUGGCUUACAAUUUAUGCUUCAAAAGUACUUGUGCAAUGGAUGGUAAUCAACACGAUGCCCUUGUUUUCUCCCAGGCAGUGAUUUCAGCCAGGAGACAAGGUUCUUGCCCAAGUGGUAGCAUAUGCUAGACCAGGCUUCCUCAAACUCGGCCCUCCGGAUGUUUGAGACUACAAUUCCCAUCAUCCCUGACCUCUGGUCCUGUUAGCUAGGGAUGAUGGGAGUUGUCCCAAAACAUCUGGAUGAGGCAAACCGGCAAGGUUGUUAGAUAAGUAGCACCCUGGAUAGCUCCUAGUAGCACCUAGGUUGGCAGUGAGACAAGGAAAGCUUGAAUGUAGCUCCAAUAAACAGUGAACCCAGACUAAGCCUAAAACAGGCCUCCCACUUCCUUGGAACAGCUAGCCCAGCCUCUGGUGAGCAGAGCUUCUGCUCUUAAAAAAAGUCUACCUUCUUUUAUAGAACAGGUACCAGGAUUAGAAGCUUCAUUAGUAAAUCUCACCUCCUCAAAGUGCAAGGAAGUGUUAUUGGUUUCUGAACUUAAAUUAAUUUUCCUUGGAUAUUCCCUAUUUUCCAGUAGGACUUCUUUUUAUGGUAACUGCUAAUGGAGUAGAGUUACUCCGCUGGACAUUUUAAUAUAUACAUUUUAUUUAGAGAUGAAUGUUAAUUUAUCUGUGUUUUAUUUAGCCAUUUCCCACCUUCUACAUUCAAAAAAGGAUCUCUUCCAGCAUCCAGUCUUCCUGCUGUCACUGAAAAUGAUGAAAGCGUAAUUGACUCUUCUGGAGAUUCAAAUUUAACAAGUACAGAAGAAAUUUCUCAGGUGAAGAUUUUAUUCUGCAUGUCUUGUUCCCCAUUCAUGCAAAAAAAUGUGUACACUACUUCCUGUAUGAUCAGUUUUUUGAAAAAAGAAAAAUGUUGCUGAGCUCUUUUUCUUUGCAUUUGAAUAAAUCUGAAGACUGUGAUUCAUCUGAAGUUUGUAGUAAAAAAAUUAUGUGCACAAAUCAUUCUAGAUCAGUCCUGCACAACUUGCCAAGCAAGCACAACUAAGCCUACCAGCCAUGCAUGUAUAACCUGUUGGGGUUUGAAAUUGGCCCUGUUGUUUUUUUUGCAGUCCCAGAUGGGCAGCAAAAACAGGAUUCUUAUCAAGCACAAAAUGCUGCUGGGCUGCAUUUAAUGUGACUAGUGGCAAGUUGUACAAACCUCUGCCCCAUUCACCAGUGUCUCCCAAGUCCCAUGAGAGGCUUUAAGGGGCUGUGUGGAUAAGUUGGGAAAUUCAGCUUCCACCAUCCCUCUUCUGGGAGCUGUACAGUCAAACCUUGGAAGCCGAACGCCUUGGCACUCGUACAUUUUGGCUCCCAAACACCACAAACCCGGAAGUGAGUGUUCCGGCUUGUGAACAUUCUUUGGAAGCCAAACAUCCAGUGCGGCUUCUGAUUGGCUGCAAGAAGCUCCUACAGCCAAUCGGAAGCCACACCUUGGUUGCCGAACGUUUUGAAAGUUAAAUGGGCUUCCAGAAUAGAUUCCGGUUGGCUUCCAAGCUAUGACUAUACUCUGGAUUCCAGAUUCUAUCAUUUUAUAAUCUUUAUUGAGCAUACUGUAACAUGGAGGAGACAAUUUGUAAAAAUGCAGAAAUAUUCCAUUAAAUUGGACUCCCAGUACUAUAUUGAUCUGAGAGCAGAACAGUUGUCCUAGAAUGGAAUUGGUGGGCAUGAUCCUAAAUCUGCCACCAUGCAUAGAGGCAAUUUGGUAGUAGAGGGCUGAGCAUACUUCUGAUUUAAGAGUUGUCCCUAGGGACGAGAACAGAGUUGUUUUAAGCAUUCUGUUAUUGCCUCACAUCCGCAGUGAAGCCAACAUUAGCACGCAUGUGUUAACGUGUGCACAGAGUCUCAUGGAAAUGAGUGUGUAGUGAGGUUUGCCAGACUGUGGAAGUUUGCUACAGAUAACUAGCUUUCUAUGACACUUCUAAUUUAUGACACAUUUAAUUUAUUUUGCUUUUUGCUAUUUUGCCAGUAUUGUUCUAAACAAACUUUUCCCCUCUCUGCAGGAAUCUACUUUAGCUGCACUACAUACUGUGGAAGGAUCCACCAGAGGUAAAUAAUAUGAUUGUGAAUAAUGAAUUCUCUAUUGAAUAGGAAAAUAUUUAUUAAUUCAUUCAGUUAUUUAGUUACAAAUGAAGUAAAAAUUCUAUAAAUAGCUAGUUCCAAGGUGUCUUACAAUGCAAAAUUAUAGGGGGAGAACAGCAAUGAAAACUUGCCAGAGAAAUAAGCAGUUGGUAAAAGGGAAUUUCUGAUAUUGCAUCACAUUAAACUAGUAUUUCCCUCCAAUAAUUUUGGACUAUAGCUGACAUAAUCUCUGACCAUUGACUUUGCUUACAGGGUGCAGGCUGUAGCCAUGGACAUGUAAUGUGAUCUGAUGGUGAAUUUGGGGUGACCCAAUGCAAAGAUCCUGAGGAUCCAUGUGGAUCUGUGCUUUGUAACCACAUUUUUGCACCAUUGCAGCCCCAGGCAACAGUGGGUGCAUGAUUUUUUUGGUGCAGGCUGUAGCCAUGGACAUGCUAUGUGAUCUGAUGGUGAAUUUGGGGUGACCCAAUGCAAAGAUCCUGAUGAUCCAUGUGGAUCCGUGCUUUGUAACCACAUUUUAAGUGGGGAGGGAAGGAAAAACACAGAAGGGACAAGGAGCACUAGAGGGGUGUGCAGAGAAGCAGCUGGCUAAGAAUGCAGGAGAGGGGUUUAAUGGGAGGGAGGAAAGGAAGGCAAAAGUUUUUCCCCCCACACACCCCCAAGCCAGCUCUCUCUCUCUCUCUCUCUCUCUCUCUCUCUCUCUCUCUCCCACUUGCAUGUUUUCCGGCUGCCUGCGAGUCCCUAAAAUGCUUCCCUGGACGCAGCAGCACUGGAGCACAGAGAGGAAUUAGAAGGAAGGAAGCGAUUCUUUCUUUUCCCCUCUGCUUGCCUGGAGGGGAGGGGAUUUGCCUGCUCUUUGUUCCGUUUGAGCAAACAGGAACCGAAACAGAACAGGGUGGGCAGUAAGACCCUGAGGCAGAAUGCAGGAAAGCAACAGCUUCCUCUCUCAUGGAGCUCCUUCCUCCCUGACGCGCGCGAUUGGAUUUUUGCCGGAUUUUUGCCCCUGCGCUCCAGCCAGUUGGCUCCAGGGACCACACAUUCGCUCAAUAACACGCACAGACAUUUCCCCUUACUUUUUAGGAGAAAAAAAUCUGUGUGUUAUAGAGAGAAAAGUACGGUAAUCUCUUUUAAUGCUUCAUGACCUUUGUCAAAACAUGCACAUAGUACAUGAGUGCUUCUCUCUCUCAAAGAGCAUGUGUGUUAAUAUUUCACAUUGUGUUGUUAUAUAACUACAGAAACAUCACAUAGCAGUAACCUACUGUAAUUAGGGAUGGAUGGUUGUUUAUUUCUGUUCUGUGUCACUUUUACUUAUGUUCACUUAUAAUUACAUUUAUUGCAUCUCCACGUUAAUCUGUAUUUGCGGUGUGUGCAUAUUAAAUAGGCCUUUUCUGUCAAAAUCUGCAUUUCUUAACUUGCUUUCUCUCAAAAUACACAUUUAAAAAUGUAUUUCAAUACUUUGAGCCAAAACCUGCACCAAACACUAGUGAAUUGCAAAAGUUGGUUAACUAAAUUCAGGUUGUCAUCUUGAUCCGGGAAAUGUUGUUCAGUUCCCUUCUUAUGAGAGUGAGUUAGCACAGACUGGCUUCUUGGAGCACAAUGCUUCCAGAACUUCAGUUGGGCUUGUCUCUUAAAAACAAAUUAUUUUAAAAUAUGGUAUAUAAGAUAGUUUCAAGGAUGUGCAUUGACAACCCUGUAUUCUGCAACUUCCUUACUAGAGAUUAGGUAAAACAGAGAAGCAUUUGUUGUCAGCAUGCUUCAGGGCUAACCUAGAGAGCCCUCUAGAGGUGAAGCAUAACCGUUAUGUUUUCAUUUAUCCAGUAUUUUUGUGAAUUGGGUUUAAAGGGUUCAUAGCUUCACAACCUUCAUUUCAAUUCACAGUCUUCAAAUAAUUUAUUUAUUCUUUUUGAAGAUGUAUGAAAUCUUCAAUAUGCAAGCAAUAUGUUGGUUUGGGGGUCCUGUUUUAAGUGGUUAUAGACAAAUCCUCCCUGAUUCAGUCAUUAUUUAGUAGCUGUCUUGGUGUAUAUUCAAAAAAAUGCUUCUCUGCUUUUGAGAAUUCUCUUCUGACGUAUUGAUAGUUCAUCUGUGCUUAUGUUGCUGGACAAACAUGCCCUUCCCAGCCUGGUACCUUUCAGAUGUUUUGUACAGUGUUGCUGGCUGGGACUGAUUGGAGUUGUAUUCCAAAAUAUCAGAAGGGCACCAGGUUAAAAAAGGCUGCUUUACUGUGCUGCUUUCUGGCAGUUAGAAAUUCAAUCUCUCUCCUUUCUUUACCUUUUUAAGAGAAGAAAGAAUAGUUCAUUCCAUUUAUCUUCAAAGCAUUUGCCUUUGUGGUGCAUGCAGCUUCACAGCAAUCAGUGAGGAUUUAGGCUGUUACGUGCAUACAUAUACAGUAUUGCUAAGUUGCUUUAUGAUAAAUUACUAGGAUAAUUUUGCCCUGUUUAAGUUUCUCAACUUUACCAGUAGAAUAUAGUCUUUCAUUUCUGAGUGUAAACUUAAGGAAAUUUUUUUCCCCUUAUCUGUGCAGGGGAAUCGACUGAAAAAAUAAGUAGUGAAGCAGCUCCAAUGCCAGAAUCAACAGAACCUGCUAAUAACCAGUUAGGAAAUAAAUCUCAGGAAGAGAUUGAAUCAGAAAAGAGCCCCAUCUCCAGGGAAAUAUGGAUGGACUAUGAAGAUUUCUGUGUUAGUUUUCAGUAAGGCAUGCUUUUAUUAUUGUUACAGAAGCUAUAUCUUCUUUUGUGGACUUUUGCAAAUUAUCCUUCACAUUUGUGUAGGUGACUCAUGGCUGCUACACAAAAGGCAUCCUCAGUCCCUGUGGUACAUACUAGAAAUUCAGCAUAUUUUCUUAUAAAUCUGCCAUCUGAUUAUUCCUAACAAAUUAUGCUGUAUUUUCUUUAAGACAGUGGAUGGUGGCCAGUGGUGGCCACCACUAGGAGAAUGGACUUCUACUGGUGUGACAGAACUUUCCCUUCCUUUCCUUCCCAUUGCAGUCCCCUGCUUACAUUCAAAAGCUGUUCUUGAUGGUUCAAGGAGCCCCUGGAGUAGAUUUGGGGAGGACAUGAUGGCAGAGAAAAAAGGGAAGUCCCAUUGUGCAAGCAAAAGUCCACUCAUGCAACAAUGGAUGUUGCCCAGUAAGAGAUUUCUGUGAUGUCUGAUAACCUUCUUUAAUAAAUGUAACAUCAAUUUUCCAGAAUAAUUGUCUUCAAAAGCAGUUGCCAAACUCCUAGCAUUCCCCCUCCAUUGUUACUUAGAGAACAAGCUGCACAUACCCAAUGGCUAGACCCAUAAGAUCACAGGUGUCAUCUCAGCCCAUAGGUCUGUAGGCCCGUCUGCUUGGUUACAAAAGCACUUUUGCAAGCUCCAUUUUACUUCCCCCCCUCUUGGUCCCUUGCAGUUCUUGCCAUUCUGCCUCUUGCUGCCCCAUCCCUGAAACCAGGUUCUUUGAACUUACUCUAUAUGCUUUCACAUUGGUUUUUGGUUCUACAUCUCCUGGACAUAAGAAUGACUCACUGGACACAUUCUUCCCUCAUACAUAAAUGACUUGAAAUGCCAAAUAUUAUUUUAUUUAUGAAAAACAGUUACGGUGAAAUGAAAAAAAUGUACAAGUAAAAAAGUCCUUUCACAUAACAUUUUAGCAUUUAGGGAAAUCUUAAGCACGUGGUUAUAUUUUUUACAUCAGAUUUGAUGCUCAUAAACAUCCUAAAUUCAACCUGAACAUGAUACAGGUGUAAUGGAAGAGUUCUGUCAUGGCUGCAACCACAACUACCAGUGCAAUCCUAUGCACAUCAAUUUAAAAAUAAGUCUCAUUCAAUUCCAUGGGGCUUACUCUCAGCAAUGGAGUACAGGAUUGUAGCCUAAAUGAACAAUGGAAACUUAGACUUAAUUACAACUUGCAGUUCAGAAUGGUGACAGAUUAUUCACAUUUUCAAUUUCAGAAGCUGUCAUGUAAUUUGGAAGUUAACUUCUGUUGCUAGAUGAUAAUAACAUACUGAGUAACUAUUCAAAGAAUCCUGAUGGUUUGUUUCAGUUGUCUUAUAUUUCAGUAAAAUGUGAUGCACAGCAUGAGAGGUUUCUGUAUAAUUAAUGCUAAAAUAAUAAUGUUUUCUUUCCUUAGGAAUUUGUAUGUUUUCCACAAGCCAAAUACCUAUAGCUACACCUAUCAGAAGUCAGAUUUUAGAGUAAGUGCACUGACUACAUGAUUUAUUCAUCUCUUUGUAAACUAUAACGGCAUUGUGAAUCCCAGUUUUGUAUCCAUUCUGUAAACAUUUGCAUUCACCAGUAAAAUGUUACUAUCUACAAAAACCUACCACAGAAAUAAUUGAUACAAAUCCUAAAAUAUAAAUGACAGACAUUAAAAACAAUGUUAUCAUGAUACUUUGGGAUCAGAGAUACUGCAGAAUUUCAGUUUGGAUCUGACAGGGAAACUAGUUCCCUUAGCCUCAUUUUGUAUAAACACAAGUUUAGAUAAUUGUAUUUUUUAAUUUUUCCUCUGCCAUCAAUUCACUCAGAAUACUUUGAAACCUCUUUGUAGUUUGUAUAGUAUAGUAGGCUAACAUAUGAGCUGGACAAUGACACGAGAUAUAUGAUGAACUUUUAACUAAGAUCAUUGGCUAAUUAAAAGGGAUACUGUGCACAAAGGAAUACUAAUAGUUACAUCAGGGUCUUAAAGGUACUUGAUAAGUGACUUUUACCUCAGGCCAAAUCCCUAAACCUCCACCCCAGUCAAAUGAGCCACAACCCAGUCCAGUUACUUGAGUCAAUCUGCCUCUGACCCACCAAAUUCCUCUAGUUGCUUAGACAGUUUAGCCCGCUUAAAAAACCUGCUUGUGCAACCUUCCUCUGUUAAGACUUUUAAUAGGGCAGCCUCUCAGACCUACUCAGUCACCAGCUCCUUUCUCCUGGUUUUCACCAGAUGGAGUAUUAAAAACACACUGGGUAUUAAUAUUCAGGAUUCAACUUUCCCCUCCGAUUUCCCUGUCUUUCCCCAACUCCUUAACUGACCAUUUUCCAACUCCUUUCCUGACUAUUGGACACCUCCACUCUAGAAUUUCUGUACAAUCAGAGUCUGCUAUCACCCAGCCGAAUCAGAAUGAAUUUACAUGCUCUAGGUCCUGCCUAAUACCUUUUCGAAGUGAUCACCUCUCUUCCCUCUCAGAGCAUGUCACCAAGCAACUACAGUGGUACCUCGCAAGACGAAUGCCUCGCAAGACAAAAAACUCGCUAGACAAAAGGGUUUUUUGUUUUUUGAGCUGCUUCGCAAGACCAUUUUCCCUAUGGGCUUGCUUCGCAUGACAGAAACGUCUUGCAAGUUUGUUUCCUUUUUCUUAACACCGUUAAUACAGUUGCGACUUAACUUCGAGGAGCAACUCAUAGAACGCGGUGUGGUAGCCUUUUUUGAGGUUUUUAAAGACUUUGGUGAUUUUUGAAGCUUUUCCAAAACUUUCCCGACACCGUGCUUCGCAAGACGAAAAAAAUCGCAAGACGACAAAACUCGCGGAACGAAUUAAUUUCGUCUUGUGAGGCACCACUGUACUAUUAUAGAGGCUUUCAACGUAAUAACAGUAUAAAGCCUCAAACUCUGUCACCAAAUUUAUAUUGGGUUGAAUCCAGAUAAAAGCCUAUAGAAACGCAGCUGGCUUACCCCCAGCCAUCUCAUGGAAGAUGCCACUGUCCGGUUUUCUGUGAUCUCCCCCCCGCCCAUGCCACAGCCUACCCCAUUUGACUAGGUCCCCUGAUUCUCAUUAUAAACUUUCUGGGAGCUGGAAGCUGCCAGAGAAAUGGGGGUAGGAAUAUCAACUUAUCCCAGUCCACUGCUGUGGAAUUUUCUGUGGAUCCAAAACAUUUUGGAAUACAGUGGAGUAAAGUUAUUAGGCAUUCAGCCAAUUCAAGUACCCCUUGUACCCUAAGGCCUAGAAGAAAUUGAGGAGAAUUUCAUUUGUUCUACAUUUUUAAAGCAAGUCGCACAUUCUGGACCAAUACACGGGAAAUAAUUCAGUGUUGUACUAAGGUGGUUGUUCUACCAGGACAAGCAUUUCAGCCUGCCAGAUGGAAUGAUUCCCUUUCUCCUCUCACUCUUACUGUUCUGGGAUUCUCCUGACCCCCUCAGGGCCAAUUUGGGGGGGCAAAUGGAGAGGAGACUUGUGUUGUGCUUAAGUAUUUUGUGCUAAUUACCGUAUUUUUCGCCCCAUAGGACGCACUUUUUCCCCUCCAAAAAUGAAGGGGAAAUCUGGGUGCGUCCUAUGGGGCGAAUGCAGGCUUUCGCUGAAGCUUGGAGAGCGAGAGGGGUCGGUGCGCACCGACCCCUCUCGCUCUCUAGGCUUCAGGAAGACAUCCGCAGCCUAGACAUCCCUGCGGACCUCCCGCAGGGCUGUCUAGGCUGCGGAUAGCAGCCUGCUUCCCGGAGCGCCGGGCGCGCUGAAAGCAGAGCGCCCGGCGCUUCGGGAACACAUCCGCAGCCUAGGCAGCCCUGCAGGAGUUCCCACAGGGCUCCCCAGGCUGCGGAUAGCAGCCUGCCGCCGGGUGCGCGGGGCGCCCUGAAGCAGAGUGCCCCUCGCGCCGGGCAGACAUCGGCCAGCCCCACAAGCUCGGGGGACAGCGGGGAGGUGCAGUGCCGCCAUCCCGCUGUUCCCCGACCUGGUUUUGGGGGAGAAAUAAAGGAAAACAUUUUUUCCUUUAUUUCCCCACCAAAAAACUAGGUGCGUCCUAUGGGACGAAAAAUACGGUAAGUAAAAUCUAGUUGCAGAAUUCCUAAACCCAUUGCUUCAUCAUGUUAACUAGCUUUUGUGUCUUCUCUUUUAAAAUAUUUAGACCAGUAGUUUACGAAGGGUGCUCAUUAAAGAUUUCCCCUGAUGUACUUCCCAUGGACUGAGGCAAACGAAACUGGGCACAGUUAUUAGUCCUUCUCUACAUAGCUACCAGCAAGAGUCACACACUUCUCCCAUCACUUUAUGCAGCUACAAAUUACCACGUUACCUAUGGAGAGAUGUAUACAUGUACAAUUUCAUCCUCCUACGAUAACAGAAGUGGGUCAGGGAAAAUCUUUAAUUCUUAGGAUAAACUUAACUUUUUCAGUAGAUUAAAAUAGAAGCUAAAUGUUAUGGGGAAGCAAAAUCCAAGGUUUUUCUUGGUGACCUUUCAUUGUUGACUUUAUAUCAUACAUUGAUUUGAAAAACAGUGUUUAAAAUAUAACUCAGAUGCUGCCAAAUACUAGUCGUUCCAAUACUAGAUAAAUAAUAAGCAUGGAUACUCUUUUUUUUCCUUACAGAUGGUGGAUGAUCGUAUUGUAUAUUACUUAUCUGUAGAUAGUUUGAAGCCUACUGAUAUCCUGGUUAGCUUUUCAGCAUUAGUACACUGGGGGGAAUCAGGAGGUAAGAUCAGUAUCAAAUAGAUAGGUAAUGCAAGUAUUGAUUCUUGUGAUUUUUUUCACAAAGAGGUACUCAAAGAUAGAACUCUGUUAGAGCUGCAGUAUUUGUGAUCUUCUUCUAUGUUGACACACAACUUUCUCAUUUUACCAUGAAUGUUUGGUGAAAGUCUUGGAUGCAAUUAAUUGUUCUUAAGCCCAGAGUCUGUGGUAGAACUGCACAUGUUAUUAACUAACAAAUCAAAGUUCAAUCAACUUCCAUCCUCUUCAUAAUAAUUUGAGGCUGCUUUUAUGGUUUGCCAUAAUUUGCAAUUGAAAACAGCCUCAAUGUAUAUGUCAGAAUAAAAAUGCCUUACAUGCAGCUCUGUUGUUACUGGAGUUCUAGGGUCUGCAGCCCUGCUUGCUCUGUUCACCACCAUCCCUACCAUUCCCCCUACAUUAAUCUCCUAGAGCUUCCCAGCCCACACAACUACUAAGCUUUCUAUUUUAGGCUUUAAGGAAGGCACAUAGUACCCAUAGUCCCUUCAGCAUUAGUUCAGUGCACACGAGGCUCAAGGAAACCUAUGAAGGACCAGUCUACUCUGUCUCCUAUCAUUGCCUUGGGUUUGGUUUGUUGUCCACCACAAGAGGCAUCUCAUUACCUGAGAUCUGGAGAGGGUAACAUAGCAUGUUCCUCACUCCUUGUAUAUUCAAGAUUCUGCCUGUUCAAGAAGGUGUAGAAGAGAAACACGUUAGACUGCAGUUCUUUGUUCAUGUACCUGAAGUAAGCCUCUUAGUGGUAGGCAUAUGUAGGCGUCAGGGAACUGCCAUCAGCUCAGAGGCGAGAGAUGGAAGGGCAGUUGUGUUAUAGGGAGCAUCCGGAAAUCUUGCGAAACAGUUCCUCUUCCAGCGAGGAGGAAAGCCACACUUCCAGUGGAGAAGAGGUGCAGGGACCAGGGGAUGCUAGGGAGAGCCUCAACACCGAGCCUGAGCAAACCGGAGAGGCAGGAAGUAUGCCCUUGCCAGCUCCCAAUCUGCGCAGUAGGCUUCGGCGCAGGGAGGGGCGGAAAAGGCUGGGGGUGACGCGACUUUUAUGCUGGGGGAGGUACAAAAACCAACCACUCCCAGAUUCUGCUAGCGAUUGAGCCAGACAUGAACUUACGAUGCUCUUCACUGUAAAUAGUGUGCACCAAGAAUAAAGCCUGGAAAAGACAGGUCAGAGUCUUGCCUGUUUACUCUCGAGCAACCACACCAGCAUCUGACAGUAGGAUUUGAGUGUUUCAUUGUUUCUUAGUAGAACUGCUUACAAAUUUUAAUUAUUUGCUGUCUCUGGCAACUUGACUUAACAUGCUAUAGGCAGAAAGGAAAAGGCUGAUGAGCUUCCUCCUUUCCUUUUGUUUUAUUGUCUACUCUCUUGAAAGACUGCCUGCUGAUAUUUAUAAGAUAUAAAUCAUGUUCUAUGAGCUUUACAAGCAACAAACUACAGGUUACAUCUAAGAACAACUUUCAGAAGACAUCUGACGGCAGCCCUGUAUUGGGAAGUUUUUACUGUUUGACAUUUUUUUAUGUUUUAUGUGUUGGAAGCUGCCCAGAGUGGAUAGGGCAACUCAGCCAGAUGAGCAGGGUAUAAAUAAAAUCCUCAGCAUAUGUAAAGAUAUUGGAAAUGGUUACAUUUUGGUGAUAAAAAAAAACAAGUUAUCCGUACACUUUUAUUUUAUAGCAAGUGCACAAAAAGAAGGCCAUGUUUUGCCCAAGGGAUUACUCAUGGUUGAAAAAUUCUCAUGGAAAAAUUUGGCGCCAGGACAAUUAAUCCUGAAGAUCCAUACAUAUGCCACUAAAGCUGCUGUGAUAAGUCUUCCUGCUGGGUAUGUGCCAGUCUGCUACACCCUUUUGAUCCAGGAGUUAGAGGCAUAGCAAUAGUGCUUUAAAAUAGUGCUUUAAAUAAUUCUUUACACACCUUCUCAGAUUUUCUAAUCCUCACAGCAAUCCUGUAAAAUAGGUCAGUGCCAUUGUUUCCAUGGAGUUACUGAGGCUGAGAAAUAAGCAUUUAUUUUUACGCUACCUCAAUAUUUAAAUAAAUAAACACACCUUUAUGCUUUUAUCAAAGCUAUUGUCACUUUGUAUGUUGUAUACCCCCUUGCUGUAUCUUUUAUGAAAAAUACAGUUUUAAAUAUUUAAAUAAAUUAAUUCAUGGUAGGGCUAAGCCUCAGCAGAGGAACUCUCUGUUUUCUAGUGGGCAACAGGACACUUCCAACUGGGAUCUUGUUCCUCCCUGUGCUUGCAGACAGGAAAUGUUGACAUUUUCAAAGAAGUUGCUGUGUGCCUCUCCCUUGGAAAGCCACAAUCUGAUUUCUUGGUUUCACACAGCUUGUGCUGCCUUUCUGGCCUCUUCUUUCUAAUCCAUUUGUUAUUUUUGUCAGUUUUGUAUGUGUGUGUUUUUCUAAGGUGGAGUGUCUUCGUGGUAGUUUCCCUCCCUGGCUGUCAUUGUUGUUGUCUCACUAGUCCCUCAUCUCUUCUCAUGUGCCUUGCUCUGAUCUCAGCUUUAUACCAGGAACUCUCUGAUUCUCACCUCAGUUUCAGCCACAAGGGAGAGCUCAACUCCCACCUGAGGCAUCUGUUCUUGCACAAGGAAGAAGAUGGCUAUGGUUACUUACUUUGCAAAAUAAGCUACAUAUUUAUUUGCUAGUGGGUGGAUGAAAUGCCAACAAGUCUUAGCACUUUUUCACAUAUAACUUUUUUUCAAAGUGUACAAACACAUGUGGUCCACCAAAUAGUCUUAGAGCCUUCUCUUUAUACAUUAAAUGUUUUGAGAACCAAGCAAUAAAUAAUGAAAGAGACAAGAGGGUUUUACUUACACUGACUGUUUAGAAUUUCAGUUAUGUUUUCGUUUCUUUGUUCAUUAGUGUGCUUAUUUUAAAUGUAGGCGCCAUGUGUUACUCUUCACUGCGAGCUCUCCUGUAGGGCACCAUAUCCAUCUUUGUAGCAUGGUCCCAUGUGUGUUUGGUGAAGAGGAUAUUGUCCUGCCAAAUCUUGAAAAGGUAUUUGUUACCAUAACAACUGGAGCUAUAUUCCCAUUGGGAGAAACAAAUAUUCAUUGUCAAGUUUUAAUUCCUAUUGAAGUUAAAGUUUUGUUCGAGAAGUAGAUAGUCUGUUUCUGAAUGGAAAAAAUCACAGAUCCAUAAUAAUCCUGCAAUUUAAUUUUAAAAUGGGCAGAAUCUGGAAGACACUUGCAUCAUCACAAAAUAAUGCUAAAACAUACAACUGCUUAUGCAAUUUUGAAAUUUGGUUGCAGGCCCCACUGAUGGCCAAAGGUAAGUGCCCAGCAUUUUUUCUCCAAAUCAUACAGGGAGAAAAUUCUGCAAAAUGUCUACAGACUGAGCUCCACGAGGAUCUCACCUAGCUCUUCAAAAAAGUAGUUGUGGUUCAAUUUCUGCUGGAUUUUCUUUCUAGAGGAUUUUCUUUGUAGGUUUAACAGAGCUAGCAAAUACAUUUAUACAAGUGGAGUUACAGGGUAAAGUCCUUCUGUUCAUGGUUCCAGACAUUCUAUUCUUUCUCCACUCAUCUCCUGCUUAUCUAAGUUUUCCUCUAGCAGACAGACAGCAUUCCAUACCCACUGAGCAUGCUCAGUCUUCAUUCAGUAGUUUCCCCCCUUUUGUUUCUUCACUAUAUUUAGGUUUCUGUGGUUCCUGAUAUGAUCUACUGUAUUGGCCCAAAAAUAAGCCACACUUUUUUUCCAACUUCCGAUCGUGAACAGUUAAAGUGCGGCUUAUAUUCGCAACCUUACUGCACAGGCAAAGCAGCACGCCCCCCCCCCCCAGAGCAGCCUGGGAGCACAGGGCAAUGGCGCCCAUCCCAUCCGUGGCUCCCAAGCCUCUCCCAAGCAGCCAGAUUUUAAAGGUGCGGCUUAUUUGCAAGUGCGGCUUAUAUUCUGGCCAAUACGGUAUAUUGAAUUCAUAGAUUUUUCAAAUGAUUCUUUAUGUGGAACUCUCUUUCCUCUCCCCAGGGACAUUAAAAAAACCCUCAUAGUAAUUACAUAUGAAUGUAAUAGUCACUAGCAUAGGUUUAGUGCUUCAGUAAUUCCUAAUGAAUUGACCAUGUGCAUGUUGUUGAAAUAGUGAUAUAUUUUUAAUAUUUCUGACUAAUGGUAGUUUAUGUAUUUUCUCUUCAGGAAAGCUAUCGGUUCAUAGAACAAGCCACCACUAUCAUGAAAGCCAUUGGAAAUGUGAUACUGAAUUUUGGAAAUGCAGAAAACCUUCCCGCAGCCAUAAAGACACUGGAAGCAACACAUUGUCCUCCUGGCCUGUGUGCUCCAGGAACAACUAGAGAACACUUUAAGGUAAAAAAACAAGAAGAAGAAUCUUAUCCUUCUGUUAACAUGCAGAAUAUAUUGUGCUUUCCAAAUGAUUGUUUUCUAGUGCAGCCCAUUAGCUGAAACUCCUGAUAAUGAAAGUUUAGUUUGUCUCCCAUGAAUUCCUGUAAACAUGCUCUUGUGAAUUUCACAUCAGAUAGUUUGAAAAGUCUAGAUUUUCCUCAGUGUUGACAAGAAAUCUAACCCCGUAUUCUGGAUGGUAUGAACCAAUAAUCCCACUGAUGCCUGUUCUCUGGCUCCUUAGUGACAUAACAGCAUAGAAUCAGCAGCUGUGCUGUUGGACUGAGGUGAUCCUUGGACACUCUGUAAAUGAAAUUAUGGUCUUGUGCCAUUUUUCAAAUUAUGCAGACACAGUGAAGAAUGGAUGAGAUCAACAGCCUUGCCUUCAGAACAGAUCUCCACUCCCUAAUUUUCAGUACAUUAUAUAAAUAAUGAGAAAGUGAAGUAUGAGUUUUAGAAACAAUUACAAUAAGCUCCACUGAGCAGCUGCGCUCCUCUUAUCUUAAAGGACUGCCCUUUAGCUAUGGCUGUGCAAGCCUUAGGAUCAUGCUGCCCAUGUUGCAGUACCUAACAUGUUGUUGAACUGCCCUUUUCUCAGACAAAAUACUUUGACUUUGGAUAUAGCUUUCAGCUAACUUCUUGUUCUUGUUGUUGCUGCUGCUGCUGCUGCUGCUGCUGGGUUGUCAGUUGUUCAAACACCACAAUGCCCCCAAAUCUGAAUUGUCCCCAACCUUUGACUGAUGUUGAAAAGAUACAUUUGUUUGUUCUGGUUGCUCAUGCAAUUAAAUAUUUUGGAAACAAUAAUGUCACUAGGCAGAUAUCUGACCCUCUGAAAAUAUACUGUUUAUAUGCCAUCAUAUCUUAAGAUAGUGAUCACAUUAUGUGGCUGGUUUGAAAUAUCAAAAGGAAAACUCAUUUAGUUGGAGUGAACCAUCUUAUAGAUUCUACAAAUCCACUCUAUCUAGUAGUCAAAUAUACAGGUUGGGGUAUGUGUUUGGUAAUAUUUUCCUCUGAAAAUCAUUAGUAGAAAAUAUUUGAACAUUUAUUUAUAAUAAUUUACUGACCAUUUCUCUUUUACAUUUUAGGCUUUCAAUAAUGCUUUUUGGCAUUUGAUAAAACAGACAUUGGGGAAUGUUCCUCUCAACUAUAAAUUUGCUUACAGAUGUUUCACUUUGGAUUUUAAAGACAGUGAUGUGUCUGUUGAAGACACAGACUCCUCAGGUAUACGGAAAACAUGAAUAAUGUACCAGCAAUAUUUAAUUUUAAAUAAUCUAUUAAGAAGAUACCAUUACAGAAAAAUUCUGCUGAAUGUUGAGAUGUCCUGCCAUUUUUAACACAACAAACCAGACAGCAAAUUCUUACGUGGUAUUCUCUCAUAUAACUGAUGGAGCCUACAGAUUUUUUGAACUUCAUACAUCAGAGCUAACAUGAUGCUGCUAACUUUAAUUCUGUAUCGGCACACCUUUAUGCCAUUGAACUUGUUUGGUUUUUGUGUGAUACUCUUGAAGUUUACCCAUCUUUGAUCCCAACUUUUGGGGCACUUGAACAUUGUUGAUUCUCUAGACAGACCAUUGUUCCAUCUAGCUCAGUAUUGCUGACACUGACUGACAGCAGCUUUCCAAGAUUUCAGGCAGGUGUCUUUUACAUCUGUAUGUGGAGAUGCCAGAGAUCAAACCUGGCAGCUUUUUCAUACAAAGUAUAUGCUGUAGCACUGAGCUACAUCCUUUUCCCAUUUCUACAGCACUUCAAUCAUUCAAAUGCUCUGCAACACCUACAAAAAAAAAUCAGUCUUAUGUAUGUUCUUAAACUUUAAUUGGAUUUCAGUUUUAAUUAGCAUUUGACACUAGGAGAACAGCACAUCACUUACCUAAGCUUGCAAGACAUAAGUCUAGCACUCAAUACAAAAAUCAAUUUGCAUUUUAUGUUCCCAGACUUAAAGUGUAAAUGCAUUGCAUCUAGUGUGGAGGAUGAAACUGUCCGUGCUGUCUGUUUGAGGUCAUCCUGGACCAAAACUAAGUACUUUGUUUAGCUAGUGCUUUAUCUCCAAUAGUUGCCAGGCCAAGCUCCAGGAAGUUGCAAGCCACUACUGUGGUUGGUGCCUAAAGGUAAAGGUAAAGGUACCCCUGCCCGUACGGGCCAGUCUUGCCAGACUCUAGGGUUGUGCGCUCAUCUCACUCUAUAGGCCGGGAGCCAGCGCUGUCCGCAGACACUUCCGGGUCACGUGGCCAGCGUGACAAGCUGCAUCUGGCGAGCCAGCGCAGCACACGGAACGCCGUUUACCUUCCCGCUGGUAAGCGGUCCCUAUUUAUCUACUUGCACCCGGGGUGCUUUCGAACUGCUAGGUUGGCAGGCGCUGGGACCGAACGACGGGAGCGCACCCCGCCGCGGGGAUUCGAACCGCCGACCAUGCGAUCGGCAAGUCCUAGGCGCUGAGGUUUUACCCACAGCGCCACCCGCAUCCCGGUUGGUGCCUAGCAUCUGAAAAUUAGCAGUCAAUUGCCUCUGAAAAUUGAGGUUCCAUUUUUGGCAAUCAGGAUUAACCAGGACCAACAGUAGAUAUUGCACCACCUGAGAUGGCAGCAGAUGCCAUCACCGUUUCUGCUGCUCCCCUCCUCUUCCUCCCCUCCACCAACCAUUCCCUCCCACUCACGCUCUUCCAACAAAAGACUCGUUUCUUAAAGCAAGACAUCUCAGAGAUGCUCUGGGCUGCCAUUUUUCUCCAUUGGCAGCAAAUGACUGUUUAAAUCUUCCUCUAUUUUAAAAGGCAACUUAAGCAGUAAUUUUCAGCUGUAGUACAGACACUAUCUAGGAGAUUUCACUGACAUUACCUUACUCUGGGGAAAUACCCCAGAGCAAGUCAUGGAGUACAUGCCACCACUCCUGGCAGCAAAUAGGGAGCAGGAGGGAGCAGGGGCAGAAUGAGGUGGCAGCAGGCAGCAGAAGGGAAAGGCAGUCAGCCAGUUGUGGGCUCUGUGGGGGCGGGCACAUAAUCUGCCAACCAUCCUGAUUUGCUGCCUGGCAUAUCUGGGUUUUUACUGAUAUAUGCAGCACUAAGCUUGCUGACGUAAGGUCUACUAAACAUUCAUUAGAUGAGAAAAAUGUUUCAGAUCUAUCAAACUGAUCUAAAUUCAUGUAAAUGUCCUGCAGUAUCCAGUUACCUGAAAACAUUUUGCAGGGAAGCAGUACAGAACCAUAUAUUUUCAUCAGAAAUGUUGCAUUAGACUGCUUUCUUUGGGUUCCUGGAUUGUAAUGAACAAGUGGGAACUGCAACCAAAUGUUGCAAUGGUCCCUCUUAUGUGUGACUACCUAAGAAUCCACACUUGUAGAUGUGUAUUAGUAUAUAGGAUUUCAUCAUAAAACAAUAAAACACUCCAUUGUUAGUUUUUGUAGACACGACAUAAGUAUUGUAAUCUCACAGGCAGGUAACUUUUGUAUUAAUUUCUUUUUAGAGCUGACAGAGGUAAAUGUUUCUGCUUGGCAAAGCAAAGAUCCCACACCUGAAGAGGAGAAAGUUGCACUUAAAUUGCAGGCUGCCUGGAAAGGGUCUUACGUGCGGCUACUAAUGAAUGGCAGAAAACCAGGUCAGGAUUCUUCUGAGGGAAGUGACAGUUGCUUCCUGACACAGCCCCUACGGGACGGAGCAGGGCGGCGCCUUCCUCCUUUGCAGGCAGCCGUUUGCUUUGACUUCAACCAGCCACGGAGGAUGAUGGGAUAGCCCACCAAAACUCUAAAUUUAAGUUAGCUAAUGGAGGCCUACAUGCAGGGCGGGUUGGGGCUUCAGAAACAGACUGAAGGAACCAAGGCGUCACUCCGGUCCACCACUGAAGUAUAUAAGUGGGCUGCUCAUGUGGUAGAUAAAGGUUGACUCUUUAGUCUACUCCCAGCGGGGUGAGAUGGUGCAUCACCCCGCCUUUUUUAUCAGGUGUGAUAUAUCUGGGUAUUCCUGUAAAGGGAUCUGGAUGGAAAAUUUUGUACAGAAGCCCAGAUGAGGAGUGGAAAAGACAUAGAACUUCCAAAUGGCUGCCAAACACAAUUUUCCUGACUUUCGGAUUGGGGGGCCAAGGCCCAAUCUUGACACCUAGAAUCUUGAAUUAUUCACAGAAUGCCAUAGGAGUCACCACAGUGCUCGUAUAAUGCAGUUGGUCAUUAUAUCAUAAAAGCUAUUUAUUUGUACAAAACAUGGCAUUGUUGGCUACAGAUGUCCUCAGAUGAUGUCUUGCAGAAGUGUUGGCUAGAUAGUCUUUUCAGCUAGACAUGCUUUCAUUCUGCUUACUCUCAGAGCUUUAUAUUUUACCUUAUUUCUUUAUGCCAGUGUUUAGGAAUGAUAACUAUGUUGAAUAUUUACUAAUAGCCAAAUUUGUUUUUAUUUGUCUUUUUAUUUUUCAGGUACUAAGGAGAAUACUAAAGUCAAAGACACACUUCAAAAGUUGUGGGCUCUAAUAGAGCCAAAUUUUGAACAAUGUUCUUUGACACUUUUGAGGUAAUACAAAGUAUGGUUUCUGCAGGGUCACGUAUAUAAAUCCCAUGUUUUGCCUCACAACACCUCCCCCGCCCCCCUUAUUUUCUCUCAUAAAAACUGACCUGACCCUGAGGAAGUGCUGUAGGGAAAGUACUGAAGCCCAGUUUUGGGCAUCCCUAUAUUUAGUUUUUCAGAUGUAAAAGUGAAAUUUAAAGAACACCCUGCUUAACCAUUGAAUCAAUUUUUAUUCUGCUUUAUAUUCAGGAUAAAAAAAAUCUAUGAUUUUUACAUCAAUUUGUUACUGAAGAAUUAAAUAUAAUGUAUCUGUCAGGGGUCCUUUACCUUUACCUUUAUGUGCAAAUUGGCAAAUGGGGCAACAUCUCUUCUGUUUAUUGAUCCACAUUCACAUCUGUAUUAAGGAUACCAGAUUGUUGUCCCAGAUAAAUGACUGAGCCCUGCAUGAAUAGAUCUACAAAUCAUGGGCUAUAGUCUGACUGAGUAGAGAUGGUUGUCUUCAAAUUGUGUUAGUUGAUAAGGUGGAAGCCAAAUUUCUUAAUUUUUUUUUAUCAUUAGAAAAGGUUUAUAUAUUUAUAAUUUUAUUUAUUACAGCUCUAUUCUACCCAUCAUCCCAAGGAUCACAGACUGGAUUACAAUAGAAAAGCACAAAAAUACAUAACAUAGUAACAAGCAAAAACAAGCCCCCCCCCCCAGUUUAUAAUGGUGUAGAUUUGCCAGGCGCCUCCCUGGGGGGAGCAUUCCACAAGUGUGGAGUUUACCACAGAAAAGGCCCAUUCCUGUGUUGCCACCCUCCAGACCUCUCAUGGAGGGGGCACACAAAGAAGGGCCUCAGAUGAUGAUUGCAAGGACUGGGUUGGUUCAUAUGAGGAAAGGAAACGUACUUUGGUCCUGAGCCAUUUAAGGCUUUAUAUAUUUUGCACCGCUCAGUAAGAACAGUCUUGUGACUUGAAUCCACAAGAGGUUUCUUCUUGCUCACAGAUUGAGACACUGCCUCUCCAAUGUACACAUCUGUUCUGUGUUGACAGCUCAGCUUCAGCCAGCGAUAAGGUCUGAAACAGGGUACUGCAGAGGCAGACAAAAGGUAACCCUGGACCCGCUGGAUCCAAAGUUCCUUUGUUUUCCUGAUAGGCCCCAGAAUUGGAUCCCUAAACUAUGCCAGCCUGGAGGUAGCAUAGUUAUUACAUUGGUACAGAGAAAGUAGUUUUUAAAAGAAUGUAUAGAAUAUAUUUCUUGUGUCCAGUGAUAAAGCUGCAUGAUCAUAUCUUAAUUUCCCUUUGAACUUCUGCUACUCCUCAGGGCCACAUUAGAUGUGAUGUGAAAGAUUCAGAAAUACAACUCCCGACAUCUUAUUCUUCUCCAAAAACAACCACAGAGCGGGGGUAGGGCUAGAUUUGGGUCACACUGCUAAUCUAAAUCCUCCCUCUGGGAACUGCUAUUCGUUUCAGACAGUAGAAUACAUAGAAACAGUAUGAGUUUCACUCUCCACAGCACACUUUCCUUUCACAGCUAAUAGCAGCUGGUGUAUGUGUGAAUUAGAUUGGCCGUGAUCCAUAGUGGGGGCGCCACAGCUGGUUUUAGCAGGAAAAAAGAUGUUGAAAGAUACAUUUGAGCAUCUCCCAUGCUAUUUCUAGUUUGGCCAGCUCUUAAAAUAUAAAAAGGUAAAGGGCCCCUGACAGUUAAGUCCAGUUGCAAACGACUCUGGGGUUGUGCCACUCAUCUUGCUUUACUGGCCGAGGGAGCUGACAUUUGUCCGCAGACAGUUUUUCCAGGUCAUGUGGCCAGCAUGAACUAUAGGUCUGGCUAAUUAAGCAUAAAGCAGAAGGAACAAGGGAGGUCUGGCUUUAAGAGCAAAAAAGGUGUGUAGUGAGGCUUUAAACCUGAGUUUAUUGUGGUUUGUGCUCCAGCUGCUUUCACCUCCCAAUUAGAUUCAAGCUGACAGAGAAGUGAAAUCCCAGUUAAACAGAGGUAAUCCUCAGAUUGGGAUAUAGUUCAGCACCCUUCAUCCCCAUAUUCCUUUUGCCCUUUAAAUCAGACUCCUACUGUUUAUUCUGGUGUGGGGAAGCCAUUGGCCUUGCUUGCUGGGGCUGAUGGGAGUUGUAGUUUAGCAGCAUCUGGAAGGCUUGAUCCCUCAUUUGUGAGAUUGAGUAGACCCACACUUAAAGUGUUUGAUAUGCCUCUGCUACAAGUAAUUUGUUGCUUGUUGGGGAAGGCAUUUAUUUCAUAAUACAGUAGCCACUGCUUAAUCUUUGGGAUGCUAUUAUAUCUUAUGUAUAUAUAGAGUGGAGGCAGCUUGAAGCUCAGUACUGUUGGUUAUGAUCUCAACUGAUUAUUUUAUAUUCUUCUUGUUGUGCUUCACAGAGAUAUGUUCAAAAGUAAAUGUAAGUCACUUGAAAAAUACCGUUGUGCUGAAGAUGAGUGGACUAAGACAUCUUUUGCUGAUUAUACUGUAACAUAUGCGGACCAGCCAGCAAAUUUUUGGUUUGUGGUCUUCAGGUGAGGUUUGUUAUUGAUGAGUCACAUACAGACCACCUAUAUCAUAUUAUAGUUUAACUGCUAAUUCUGUUUGUGUGACUGAAAGCCAAGUGACCACAUGUUGAAACAUUCUUGUACUUGUUCAUGAAGGUCAUGCUUGAGGAAUUCAGUCUUCGUUAAUUUUGAUAUGAAAUUAUCUGAUCACCAUCUCUAGAACUGACAUGUGGAUCAGAACUUUGAUAUUCACUAGAUUGCAACCCUUCUUUGAAUGUUGUGCAGUUCUAGGCAGUUUAAGCAUGUCAAAAUCUGCCCAUAAAUAGGCAUUUUAAACGUAUUUUUUAAAAAUUGGAUUCAUGGUGGAAGUGACAUGGAAAUACAGUGGUACCUGUUUACGAAUGAUUCGGUUUACGAACUCCGCAAAACCAGAAGCAAUGUCCUAGUUUGCGACAGGAGGCCUCAUUAGGGAAAGCGCACCUUGGUUUAAGAACAGUUUCGGUUUAGGAACGGAUUAAGUUCGUAAACUGAGAUACCACUGUAUGGGUAAAACCUGCAAAAAUGGCAUGAAUUGGAGAUAGACAGAUCCCCUUAUCCUUACUUUACACUUUUCUCCCUUUUAUUAUAGAGAGGUGUUUUAUGUUCCAGAAGAUAUGAUCAUAGCAGCAAAAUUUUAUUCUUCCAUACCUACAUGCGCAUUGCAUGUCGUAGACAAUGAUACAUUGGAAGAAAUGCCUCGGAUCUUUCUCAGGGUUGCACCCCAUCUUUAUACAAAGAAUAAGGUGAUAAAUACAAACAUCUUCAUAGUAAUUACAGUACUACUGUCUUACUAACAAAAUGAUACAAAGGACCUGUUACUACACACUGAUAUAAAUAACAAUUAUUUUCCCCAGGUACUGUGAAUGCAGCAACACAACCUGUAAUUCUUCAUAAUGUACAAGUCUUGAAUAUUGUAGGGCCAUUUUGGGGUAUACAGUAUUGCAUCAGCAGCAGCUAUAAUAUUUACUCUUUACUUACCAUUACUUAUUGUAUCAUAUUACUUGUGUUAAUAGCUAACAAAAUUAACUUUAAUUUCAGAGAGGAUAUACUUUUAUGGCUGAAGUUCAAACUGGUGAGUCACCAGUGUUGGCUGGGAAAUGGAGGCUUCGACUCAUAGGUUCCUACAGUCCCCUUCCAGUUCUUUCUCGUGAGACUAUAAACAAUGUAUAUUCCAUUAAAGAAGUUAAGGACUAUUAUGUACCAAAUGCUAAGAAUAUUAUAUUCAGGUAAAAUUGAGGAAACAGCAAAGGUAUUUGCAUAUGUACCCUAUUUGAGUGUUCAUAUGUUACUUUGAGCAUAUUACUUACUGAAGCAUUAAUGAGUAGUAAUCAUAGAAUCAUAAGAUUUUAGAGUUGGAAGGGACUGUGAGUGUCAUUCUAGUCCAACCCCCACAAUGCAUGAUUAUUUUUGUCAAAUGUGGGGCUUAAACCCACAAGAUUAAGUCUUAUGCUCUGGCUAACUGAGCUGUCCCAGUAAUGCUUUUGUAUCUUUCCCCAAAUGCACCUCGUUGGGCAUUCUAAAAUGCUGGGUCAAGUCCUGGUCUUUCUGAAAGUCAGACAUGAAAGUUGUUUUUCUAUCUCACAUUCAUCUCAAGACAUUUGCAUGAUCUAGGAAAUAAGGUUUAUAUUCUAAAAACAUGAAGGAGUAAACCACACUGAACUCAGUAGUGACUCACUUCUGUGCAAACAUGUAUGUGAUUGUUCCUAAGGUACUCAGGGCUUUGCACAGGCCUCUUUUUUAUCAUUUGUCUAAUGUUUGUUCAGAAAGUUUAUUGUAGUCAAUCUUGGCAUUUUAACUGCAGUUUCAUUUUGAUAACUGGUUUCCAUAGCAACAAAUGGACUGUUCUAAACAUAUGUCUUAACUUCCAUCUCAGAGCUUGCUGAGCUGGGGCUAGGCUGCCUUCUUGAAUAACAUUAUUUUAAGGAUUGAGAUCUUAGACUUGCUGAAAAUAAUAAAAUCUGCCUCAGUUAACUAUAUAUCUUUACUCCCCCUUCUCCUUCAGGUAUGCAGUAAAAGUAACAACACCACUUAUGGCUACUGUGCAAGUACAGACCUCCAAGCCAGAUGUAAUCAUUAAAGUGCAAGUUCUGGACUCUGAGGAAGAAAUGGUGCACUCUGUUGGGAAGGGUCAUGCUGUUGUUCCUGCGUUUUAUUUCAUAUCUAAUGAGCGGCCUCUAAGUAGCAUGUGUAAGUAUGGUAAACUGAAUUGCUAUGAUUAUUGUGGACAAAGAGACUGCCAAUAUAUUUGCAUGUGCACCUGCCUUAAUAACUACGUUAAUAAUUUGUGGCAUACGCUAAGACCUCAUUUAAGGAUUACUGACUUUGCUUUGUCGUGCUUGCUGCUGAGUGAUCAGGCUUGCAUAUUUUGAAUCGGUUUCUGGCAUAUAGACCAUCAGACCAUGCAGAAUGGGUAUACCAUUCCUUGUCAAGUGAAUCAAAUUCUGUUUCCCCUCAAAUUACCCUACAGUGGUAAGUUAGGUGUUCCAAGAGAGCCAUACACCACAUCUAUUUGGGCAUUGUCUCUAGAGAUUUCCACUAGGGUGCUAUUAGGAGUCUCACAGCAGCUAAUAGCAGGAAUAGCAAAGUGAUACUUUCUCAUUCUGACAGUUAAGCUUUACUUAGAACUAACAAGCUUCCAAUCAAGCAAUUAUUUUGCCAAGACUAAUCGACAUUUAUAAGCUCCUUAUAAACAGUUCUGAGCUGUUUUUCUGGAUUAAUUAUUAUUCAGACGUGCAUUAUUCAAAAGAAUAAAGAGCAAAGAGACCAAAUUCCAUUUUAAAAUAUGAAUUAUUCAACUUAAAGGAGUGUGUGUGUAUGUGUGUGUGUGUGUGUGUGUGUGACCACCAAUUUCCAUAUGGGCCUGCCUGUUCACUGAAAUAUUAUUUGGGACGUUCUGCUAUUAUAAAUUUAGUGGGUGAAAAACAGUUUGGGCCUUUUUGGUGGUGGUACCUAAUUAUUACAUGCUGUCUUUGAAGAGACUUGGCUCUCUCAAUUAGGUGUCAGUUGAAGACUUCUUAUUUUUUCAUUGCAUUUAUAUAGGUAUUUUAUCUAAUUUUUAUACUGUUUGAUAUCAGCAUUUUGGAAGUUGUGGUUAUCUGUAUUUUAGUAUUAUAUUAUUUAUUUUACUAUAUUUUAAAAUUCCCUGGGAAGGUUUAUGAAGGUUGGGCUGUAAAUCCUUAGAAAGAGUCAGUAGAUAAGUAGGUAAAGCAGGAGAAGGAGAGAAUUACAGAAGUAGAUAUAAAAUUGAAAUUAGUAAGACAAAUGACUAAAUGCUAAAAUACUCUUUAAAAUGUUAUUGCCUCUUCCAGCAACAUCAAGUAAAGGUGGAGUUGCCCAAAGCACUCCCAAAAAGGAACCUGAAGUAGUUGCAGUCUCUAAGAAAAAAGGUACUGUGGCAGCUCAGAAGAAUGUCAAGUCUGCAGCCAAGAUGUCACAGGAAGGCCCAACUUCAACAGAAGAAGAAACUGUUGUUACCCCUGUUCUUGAUGAAAAUUUAUUUCAGCAGGUGAGAGAUCUUAAAUAUAUUUGUGGAGGAAUUUUGAGAAUAAUUCCUACUACAUUGCUUCUUAGUGUAAUAAACAUUGUAUCCUAAAGUUCCUGUGGAAGGUUGAACAAAGCAGUUCCCCAGGAGUGAACUCUUAGGUAUCGUGUUUCCUAAGGGGAGCGUUAUCUAAAACAAGAAGAUGAAAACAAGGUUCAGGUAAUUCAAGAUUCCUGCUAAAUGUGGGUUUGGAAUUAGAUGAAAAGGAAGAACAGAACGCUUUGUGCAAAACAGAACAAGGCACCACCAGCAGUGGGGUUAUCUUGCCAAGCCGCCACUCUAGCUUGUUAAAAUGGUACUUUUGUUCUUCCCAGGGCUACUGAAUGGCCAAAUGGAGGCACAUACUUGUGGUGGCUGUAUUCAGGUGUAACACAAUACACAAAGUGCAACAAGCUGAAUAAUAAUAACUGUAAACAUUUUAUUGGUUAUUUCCUAAUGUAAAGGUCUAGCCCAGUAUGUGCAACAUAUACAGUUCAUAUGUACGGUAUAUAACCUAUGAGACUAAUUACAAUAUUAAUACAUUUCUUCUUUACUUAUCUUUUCUUAUUGUUUCUCCUUAUAAGUUCCUGUAUAACACAAUCCUUAGGCUUUCUUAUUGUUUGUUCCUGUAAGUUUCUGUAUAACACAAUCCUUAGGUGAAAAUAGAAAAGUCCUCAAGGUAAUGAGAACAACACAGCUGAUGUAGACUGCUGGCACUAGCUGGCUGGUGCAGCUGCAAACUGCUAACUUGGGCAGAACAAGGUUUCCGGAUAUCUCCCUUGUUUCACCCCGAAGGGCUUCCUCAGCUGAUAUUAAAUCUAUACAAUAUAAAUAAACACAUGGUAAUACAGUGGUACCUCGGGUUACAUACGCUUCAGGUUACAUACGCUUCAGGUUACAGACUCCGCUAACCCAGAAAUAGUACCUCGGGUUAAGAACGUUGCUUCAGGAUGAGAACAGAAAUUGUGCUCUGGUGGUGCGGCGGCAGCAGGAGGCCCCAUUAGCUAAAGUGGUGCUUCAGGUUAAGAACAGUUUCAGGUUAAAAACGGACCUCCAGAACAAAUUAAGUACUUAACCCGAGGUACCACUGUAAAUGAAAUUUGGAACUUACCAGCGUAGCAUGAGGGUAGACGAAGAUGAUGUCAGUCCUGCACACUGCAGUUGGGCCCAGUACCUGGUUCAGCAGCUGUGAAGUGGUGCCAUCAACUUGUCUCUCCUCUGAUAGCACUUGUGAGAGCCUUGUAGCACACUUAGGUGGAUGAACAGUUUAUUACUGAAUUUCUGCUAGAACGGAUGCAAGACCUGAAACAAUUCUCAACUAGCAUAUUCUCUUCUACCACAGCAUCUUUCUCAGAUGUAACAGGGAUAAAUUAUACCUUUAGAGAGCAUCAAUUAUAGCCAAUUACUCACAUCUAGAACAUAAUGAAGAUUACUGUAUUUUCAUCAAGAUGUGAUUUUUUUUUUUUAAGGGACAAAGCCUUUAUAAUUCAGGAAGUGAAACUGUUACGUAAUGUAUGCUAGAGAGGUAUACUCCGGAACGAAUUAAGUACCGUAUUUUGUGCUCUAUAACACGCACCCAACCAUAACACGCACGUAGUUUUUAGAGGAGGGAAAUCCGUAGGCAUGCCACCUGUAGGCAUUCCCUCCAUAACACGCACAGACAUUUUCCCUUACUUUUUAGGAGGAAAAAAGUGAGUGUUAUGGUGCAGAAAAUACGGUACUUAACCCGAGGUACCACUGUACAAUAUUUGGUAUCCAAGGUACAUGUUCAUAUUAUAAUGUAUUGAUGCUUAUGUUUGUAAUAAGCUGCAGAUUGUUUGGAGACCUCUGUGUAACAAGCGACUAACAACUCGAAUAUAUAAGUAAUAUGUGCAAGUUUACCUGUAACAGAGAGGGCAGCUUUUGUAUGUCAUGGUUUGCUUCCUCUCUUGUGCUGACCCAUGCCUUUGCUGGGCACGGUCACCUGCAGAGCGAACCUGUAGGAAACAAGGAGUUAAGGGGCAUGCUCAAGUUGUCAAAGAGGCAGCCCAGUAAUGCCUUGGGGUGUGCUCUGGCUUUCCUUGCAGGCAGCAAUAGGGCACUGAAUCCGCUCUUUCUCUUCUGCUCCUCCAAACCAAGCCCCCUUGUCUGGGGCAUAUAGUUGGGCAAACCCCAUCAUGGUAUUUCCUGCCUCUUUUACCCAUAAUCCCAUUCCAUUUCUGCAUUAAUUUGUGCAUUUCUAAAAAUUAUUCAAAAAGUCAUUUCAAUAUACAUAUUUAAGUGCAUAUUUUGAUACUAAACAGCCUAGAACUGAAUCUUAGCAUUCAGAGAAGUGAAAGAACUGGUGGCUAGUUAAGUUUCAACCUGCAUUUCAGUCUGAGAGGUUUAGAUCAGGUUGUUUUGUACAGGAAUUCAACACAUUCAGAUUCUUCAGGCACCUUUUUUUGACCCUUCUUUCCUUCCCUACAGAAAUCCAAGAUAGCAGUCAAGGGGGUGAUGGCUAAAAGCAAGGUUUUUAAAAAUUUUAAAAUAAGAAGCUGUGAUUAUUUCUGAAAAAAGUAAUUUACUGCAUUUGGCUUUUACAGCCUCACAAGUAUAUUAUACAAGCCUCAGUGUUGCAUAAUAGUUGGCCACUUACUGAGAACCAAUUGGUAUUUGUUCAGGCACUGAGAGAACUGGAAAAAAAUGAAAUCAAAGGUGAGUGAGUGACUUUGCUACAUGCUUAUUUUUUUAUUGAAAUGCAUCAUAACAAACACCAAUUUCUUUGAUUUCAGUUAGCUAAUUAUGUAACUUACAUUUAACAGAAUUGUAUGAGAACUUACAAAUAGCAAAUUAUUUCUCAUAAAUGCCUUUAAUACCACCCUGAGAACGUUUUUACUGAAUGGUAGCACAAAACUUUAUUAAAUAGAGAGAGAGAGGUCAAACCAGAAAAAAUCAAUUAUAUUCAAGUCCAUUAAAACUAUGGUGCUUAAGUUUCAGGGCAAUCCUAUGCAUUUUUACUCUGAAAUAUGUGCCAUGAAUUUCAAUGGGACAUUCUUCCUAGUAGGUGGUUUUAGGAAUUCAAUAAGUCUGGAGUACAAAUUUCUCUGGGAGUAGCUUUUUUCUUCUUUAGUAUGCUAGUGUACCUUUUUACCUCUCUUACACCAAGACAUUAGAAACAGUGUACUGAAAUGAACAAAUAUGAACAUACAGUUGAAGAUGAACUGUUGCUCUGAUACUACGAGAAUGAUGUCACAAUUUAUUUAUUUAUUUAUUAGGUCUUAUUUUUCCAGCUUCUGCUUUGGAGUGCCAUUUGUUUUGAAUUAUGCCCCCAAAUGAUAACUUUUUUACUAUCCUUUAUAAUGAUUGAAAUAAUUAUGCAUGUCAAAGGAUAUGAAACUGGGUUUUUUUAGGUGAUGAUGGUUCUAUCCAGGGCUGAGUGUGGCCAGCCCUAUUUCCCUUGUGGCUGAAGCUAUUGAAAGAAGCUGUUGCCUGUGCUUUUUAUUUAAUUAUUUAUUUAAUUUUCUGUGUACAAUGGACUGUGUGUUCCACAUGGGUCUGUGUGGGAUCAGCUGGCCAGCCCACCUUCCUUGUGACUGACUGUUCUUAAGACCACUCACUGUUAUCCAACUAACUGUUCUUAAGUUCUAAGUUGUUGCUGUUGUUUAGUCGUUUAGUCGUGUCCGACUCUUCGUGACCCCAUGGACCAGAGCACACCAGGCACUCCUGUCUUCCACUGCCUCCCGCAGUUUGGUCAAACUCAUGCUGGUAGCUUCAAGAACACUGUCCAACCAUCUCAUCCUCUGUCGUCCCCUUCUCCUUGUGCCCUCCAUCUUUCCCAACGUCAUGGUCUUUUCCAGGGAGUCUUCUCUUCUCAUGAGGUGGCCAGAGUAUUGGAGCCUCAGCUUCAGGAUCUGUCCUCCCAGUGAGCACUCAGGGCUGAUUUCCUUAAGAAUGGAUAGGUUUGAUCUUGCAGUCCAUGCGAUUCUCAAGAGUCUCCUCCAGCACCAUAAUUCAAAAGCAUCAAUUCUUCGGUGAUCAGCCUUCUUUAUGGUCCAGCUCUCACUUCCAUACAUCACUACUGGGGAAACCAUAGCUUUAACUAUACGGACCUUGGUCGGCAAGGUGAUGUCUCUGCUUUUUAAGAUGCUGUCUAGGUUUGUCAUUCCUUUUCUCCCAAGAAGAUCUAUGUUACUUUUUGUUUAUUUAAAAUACCUCCUGAAAGUCUAUCAUUAUAUUAACUUGGAAAAGUAGUAGUAGUGUUUUGAGUGUGAAAGCAUCCAUUUUCAGAAAGAGGCUGUGAAGAAGAGUUGCAGACAUGCUGGAUGUAGUCAAAAUUAUUUUUUAUUCAAAGAUGCUGAUACAGUCCUGCAUCAAAAGAACAUGUCACUUGAUAAUUUCCAGAAAACGCUAUUGUGUAAAUGGAAAAAUAGAAAACCACUUCUAUAAGCUUUCAUCUCUCAUCCUAAUAUUUCAUAAUUUAAGACAACAGUGCCAUCUAGGGUAGAUUUUAGUGUCCAAAUUAAGUAGCUAGGACAGAACAUUUUACUUUUAAAGUGAAAUUUACAGCAGUUUGUCAUAAAUAAGGGAGAGUGCAUAAUUUUAAAGACCUGUUUCCUAAAAAUAAACUCUUCGGUAACAAACAAUUAUGUAGCUCCAGAAGCAUAAAUGGAAAGCAUAAAUAAAUACUACAAUGAAAUUUACACAGCACGUCCUACUGAAAAACAUGAAGAAAGUGUAAGUGUCCUAAGUCCAGACAUUCACAGCAACAUGGAAGGACAAAAAUCUGCAGGCUCUUCCAAAGGAGGUCGAAAAGUGAAGGAGAAAACAACUGAGAAGGCAGAAAAAGCUGCUAAAGAAAAACCCGUAACUGUUGUUAGGCCCGAAUCACAGGUAAUAAUAAAUAUACAAGUUCAUAAAGUGAAUUUUCAGAUGUUCUGAAUUAUGUUGUAUAGGGUAAAUUUCAUCUUUAUUUUUCCAGGAGUGAAGGGGAAAGUAGUAAAAAAAAUGUAAUAUGUUCACUCUCUAGUGCUGUGGCUGAAACACACACUGUAUUGUGCUAUAUUUCAGCUCUGCCUGGGUAGGCAGCUGUCUUGAGAUCCUGUAUAAUUGAAUGGCAUGCAAAUUGAAUUGAAUUCAAAUUCUAUUUGAAUUUGCUGGAGCAAUGAAAUAUUAAUAUCAGUCGCAAUUUGCAUCACUAAUGUCACAGUUGUGACAACUGAGAGGUUUCACAACUUGUUCUGCCCCUCAUACACAUUUCAUUCACAUCUUCCACUAUUAUAAUUAUCAUUGUCUUUAUUUUAAUGACCCUUUAUUUAAUGACCCUUAAUAGUUUUUGAUUCCCCUUCCUCUACACCUCCACUUGAGGGUGGAAAUACAUUGCCACACUUUUUAGGGUGUUCUCUUCUGUCUAUCUACUUGGAUCAACUCAAGUGGCCUCUCUUGUUUAUUUUCAUUAACUUGUUUCCAUCCACAUUUCUUCAUUUUACAUGGUGAUGGCCUAGAUAAGCCAAGUAAUACUAAUUAUCGACGAGAGCCACCUAGGCAACUUGGCAUCUUAGCUAUGGCAAAUAACAACUGUUAUGUACUCAAGUUCUCACCCUGGGCCAGCAGGGGGAUACUGUAGAUAGUUAUGCAAAUGAAGGCUCGAAAGUGACGUUCAGUGAUUGGAUAGUUUUAGAAAGUUGCAACAGUAACAAGGUACUGGAGCUCUAUAUAAACAGGCUGACUGAGCUCCUCAGUUCAGUUCUGUUCCAGCUUACAAAUAAAGAGCUGCUUUGGAAGAAUCGCUGUGUCGUCUGAUAUGUUCGCCCACAACUUAACAACAACCAUCGUCAGGUGACUGGACAUGGAAGCAAGCAUUUGUAAAUGGAAAAAGAGUCCCCCCCCCCCCUUCAGGCCAUUGAUGUGCUGCAAAUGAUUAGCUCCCAUGAUAAACAUAGUGCUACUCCAAGACUACUCAUAGUUUGGGUAGCAGAAUCACAUGCUCUCUUUCCUCCCCAGCAAUUACCCCAUUUGUACAAAUUUCUCUUGGCAGUCAUAUGCUAGCCAUGAAUAAGGGCUCUCCUGAACCACAGUUUAGAAACCGGGUUUUAAAACAACUCACAUUGGGGUUCACUUCAAAUCCAGCCCUCCAGUGACCCAUUACUGCUCUUGUCUGCUAAAGAAAAUAUUGACUGAAAGCAGCCUUUGCUGCAUGUGUGGGGGAAACAGACUAGUUUUGGGGAUGGUAACUCUUGUGGGUUCCCUUGCAAAGUUGAGCACACAUACGUCAAAUGAGACCAGAAGGUGGUAUUUGGCAUUCUUUGACAAUAAGAGUCUAUCACGGACAGUGCUUCUCGAUAAUGAAUUGGCUCUUUCAUUCAUUUGAGAGUUUCAAAGCAAUAUGUGCUCUUCUGAUUUUGCUUUGUGCAUUUCAUUUCCAGCAAUCUGAUCCUAACAAACCCUCCUGGAUCUUACGUCUAGUCAUUGAACAAAAUGAAAUAGAAGCACUGGAUUUGAGGAAAGACACUGAGAGAGCAGAUGAGAUCAAAGCUAUGAAGCAAGCAUGGGAGGCUGCGGAGCCAGGGAGAGCUGUUAAGGUAACCAGGGCUUAUCGUUUUACACAUGCAUUUAAAAUGAGUUCCGAGAUUCAGCAGGGUAGUGUGGAAAUGCCAACCAAAAAGUCAAAUCCCUGCAGAGAUUUUUCAGUAUCAAACUCCUGUUUGAAGAGUGAGUGCUGAGGCUGAACUGAGAGAUUGAUUUGAAUAAAUCACGGUAGGCAGCUAGGCAGUGAAAGCCCUGAAUUUUCAUCUAUGCUUUACAGUGCUGGCUGGUAACAUUCUGACUUGGUUAUGGCUGCAAUUUUUAACAUUGCUGUUUUCAUCACAGUAGCCAACAUGAGGUGGCUUACAAUGGGUGCAAUUAAAUUUUGUGCCAAAGCAAUUGCCCUCUCAGCAGAAGCGUUUCUCCUUGCCCACACAUGCCAGCUUCUGAAUAAGAUUUUUUUGGGGGGAGGGGGGAUGCACAGUGCAUGUGAUGUCAGGAUGUCGGAGGAUCUGGGCAGAGCUCAGCCCAGUGGCAGCACAGCUUCAGUGGCUGUGGCUUCUCCUGCUGCUGCCGCCACCGGCCUGGGGCUGCUUCCAGCCUCUUUCCCCUCCAUAGCAGGAGGAGGAAGAGGAGAAGGAGCCAUGGCUAUUGAGGCCACAUUGUGCCCGGCUCUGUGAUUUGGACUUGGGGGGGUGUUCAUCCCCUAGGAGAUGGCACCCCUGUGCUUGCCAGACGGAAUGAUUUCCCACCCCUCCCACUUUUCUAGGGGUUCUCCUGCUUCUUCCAAGCUGAUUUGGGAAGAGUGGGGAGCAAGGGAGUCCUACAGUGGGACACAUUGCUCAUUGCACUAGAUUCUGCUAGCACAACAACUUAGUUUAAUCCAGCCUAAUAUGUUUAAAAGACAAUACCAGUCACUGUUGGACUCAGAAUGCUGCAUUAGAUGGGCCUUUGAUCCAUUCCAGCAGGGCAUAUUUUAUGUUAAUAACUGAGCAUCAACAUGACUGCAAAAACAAAACAAGGUGUUUUUCUUUUAUAAGCAUUAAUCAUCUCCCAUUUUCAGUUGCUUUAAAAAAUAUUGUGCUUUAUUCAGUGCAUUUUCCAUGUACCCAGUUGUUUUUGUUAUUUAACAGCUCGUAGUCAAACAGCUUAAAAUUGCAUAAUUUAAGGAGAAAAUAUUGAUUUUUUGUUUCUGCUCCUGUCACUCCAAGCACUGCAGUUGAAUGUUGUGACAUGAGUCAUUUACCCAUGUGUGUGCUUUAAUUCAGUGACUCAUCAUUCAGUUGUCAGCCAGACCUCCAUCACUUAAUAAAAUAAUUAAGCCGCUCGGCUCAAAAUUUAAAUGAUACGUUCUCUUGGUGUGCAAUGAUAACAUGCUACUGUUGUACAGCUAGACCAAAUCUGAAGAGAUUGUUGUUUCGUAUGCCACUGCAAUUACAUGCAUGUGCCUAUGUUGCUAUGGUAACAUCAUAGGCAAUACAGGAAGCUGUCUUAUUACAUGUCAGGCUUUUUGACUAUCUAUCUGUUGCUUGCCCUAACAUUGACUAUGCGUGGUAUAUUGUGGCCAACUUACCAGCAGUGGCUCUAUUAUGGGGCAAUGGGCAAAGGAUUGGGUGAGAAAAUGCAAGCUUAUUUCUUUGCUUUUGUUCUCUAAGAUAGUAUUCAGCUCAAACACAAACUAAUGGUCAGACAGGGGAGAAGUGGGCAUGUAGCAGACAUGCAGUGAUUUAGACUUUCCUGUCUUUCUUAGAAAUGUUUUCAUAUAAGUGCCUCACAUGAAAUAGAUGUGGUCGUAGAUGCAGGGCCAUCUUUACCCGGGGUGUGGGGCACUCGGGCGCUGAAUUCUGGGGGGUGCCAAAUGUAUACCUACUGCUGUAUACUAGUCCCUCUCUAUUGGCAGUGAAAAGCAAUGCAGUGAAAGUCCCCGCCCCCCUCCUCUGUUGCUCUGCUACCCCGUAGCGUCAAAUAUUCUUGAUGAGUUAGGAAACAAAAGCAGCUUUUUCCACUGUGUUGUUGUUACAGGUGAGUGAUUUCCCCUACCAAAAAAAGCUCAAUAACUUUGAGUUUGCCCUUCCCAAAAAAAGCUCAAUAAAAGUUAAUUUGGAUUUUGGAUUCUGCUCCACUGCUCUCCUGUCUGAGAAGCCAGAUCCUCCCCCAUCCCAUCUGCAUGACAAUUAUUGAGAUCAUUUCUCUAAUUGUGACACAUUCUUUGUUGUUGAAAAUUUGUGCCUCCAAAAAAAGGUAAUCUCCUUUCCCCGAGUUCAACUUAUUUGAAGGGGGAAGGGAAUAAUAGCUUUCCAGAUUACUGUAAGAAAAAUGGCAUGAGUGGAAGAAAGGGAGUGACCACCUACUCAUUCUCCAUCACGGACAACAAGGUUGUGGAUGACCUUGCUUUGUAUUGCCUGGCUUUUUGUAGAUCUGCCUCAAGGACCGUUUUGUCAGUCAUUUCAAAAUUAUAAAAUAUAGGGGAGCAUUCCUGCCUGGCAACCUUUCCCUGGAGACUGUCAGCCAUGAAAGGACCUCCUUUUGGCAGGAUUUGAUUUGGAGCAAAUAGGCAUUCCAAGGCUACAGUGUGUUAAUUUGGACUCACAUUAUUGCAAUAAACAUCAAUAUUAUGUGGGAAAGGAAGGGAGGGUUUAAAAAUUGCUUCGCCAGUUGUUGCUGUAUAGAAGAACCCUAUUUCCCAAUGUCCCAAGACUGUUGCAAUGCCAACCCAACAACAAACAGGCCAAGCCAAUCUUGUUUGUUCACAUGUGAACUGGGAAUCAUAAACAAGAUGUUGGCUUUGGAAGCAUCUUCUAAACAGACUUGAGGGUGGGACAACUAUUAUAAUUGCUUUUAGAUAUCCAUGCUAGAUACAUGUUGGUAUUGAUAAAACCAAGAGGCUUUAAAUUCAUGUUGAUAGCCAGUGCUUACCAGUGCAUGGAUGCAUAGAAUUUUUAUGAUCCUAUUAAGCUUUUAGCCUAAAAUUCUGGCUUUUGCAUCUAUAAGAUUCAUGAAUUAUUGAAUAUAUCUUUUGCCAGUGAUAAAAAUGUUCCCAUAUAAAAAUGGCUUGAUAAUUAAUAUAGCAUGCAGUACUUCAAAUAUUUGCAAUAAAACUCUCUUUGCAGGCUGUUCAGGAGCGCAUGCAGUUUAUUAAUAAAUGUGCACGGAAAGGUUUAGUUGCGUCUGAGGCCGACAGUGUCAGCACUAGAGUGAGUUCAGGAGAAACAGGUAUGUAUAUGCCUACAUAAAUAGGGUUGCCAUAUUUUGAAGAGCAAAAAAGAGGAUGCUAUGAUGGAUAUAACAGCCACUCAAAGCAAAUAAAUGCAAUUUAUCUCAAAUUUUACCGCUGAAAGGUGUCCUGGAAAAAGAGGACACAUGGCAACCCUAAAAUAAUAUAAGCUUUCUUACCUAUGAAAACCUUGAAGAAACUGUUUUCAGGUGUAGGAUUUGUGGAAUGAAAUAGUAAUUUCUGUCUGCCAUAAAAUGGGUGUCAUUACCAACUAGGCUGUGUGGGUAAUAGGCAAAAUAUUCUUUACUUCUAUCAUAUGCUGCUUUUCAAGUCACUUCUGAAUAUACCUUGCUUUUGGAAUGCAUUUUAGCAAAAAUACUGCAGUCCAAACUAUUAUUAUUAUUUAUUAUUUAUUAAAUUUGUAUACCACCCUAUACCUGUAGAUCUCAGGGUGGUUCACAACAUAAACAACCAUGCUGCCCAGGCCCCUGAUCCAAGUCAGGGGCAGCAGCUUGGAGGAAAGAUGUUUCCCUCGCUAUGUUUUCCUAGUGGAAAUCCUCCUGGCAGUCUGACAUUUGGCCCAGGAGGGAGGCUGUUCUUUAUGUCCAUAUCAACUCCCCCCCCCCCCCCCCCCGGGAGCUUCACUGGCCAUUUUUGUUGGGAGAACAGCAUGGAAGGAAGGAUUAACAUCCACUGUGUGACUCCCAGUCAGAAGUCCUAAUGGCUCUUGUAUAUAUACACACACAUACUUAAUCAUGCACUUAAGAUAUCUGUCUUUCUGUCAAUUGCAUUUGUAUCAUUUAUGUAUUACUCAUACAACUAAGUUCUCUGGGCAGUUUACAUAAAUUACAAAAUAUAAUUCACAGUUGAAACACUUACACUGAAAUAAGAUAAGCUACAAAAACAAAAAAGCUGAGCAAAAAAGCAACUAAAGCAAGCAGAAACCUAGAAUUUAAAGUAGUUAAUACUAGCUUAAAAUCCCUUGCACAAAAGCUGAAGCACUCAAUGUAAUUUGUAAUUAUAAAAGGCCUGGAAAAACAAGGAGGUCUUCUGGGGAUUCAUAUGACAGCUAAAAAUGGGAAUUUAUUUAAAGACAAUUAUGAAAAGUGUUGGUUGGACAUUAAAAAGGAUUUAGAAAUAUGGACAAAUUUGAAGCUUUCCUUGUUAGGUCGAAUUGCUGCCAUUAAGAUGAAUGUAUUGCCAAGAAUGCUGUUUUUGUUUCAAUCGAUACAAAUAAUAGACAAAAUGGAUUGUUUUAAGAAGUGGCAGAGAGAUAUCUCUAAGUUUGUCUGGCAGGGCAAGAGGCCCAGGAUAAAAUUUAAAAUAUUGACUGAUGCUAAAGAAAGAGGGGGAUUUGCCCUGCCAGACUUUAAACUUUAUUAUGAAUCAGCAGCUUUCUGCUGGUUGAAGGAUUGGUUACUUCUGGAAAAUACUGAUGUUUUGGACUUAGAAGGUUUUAAUAAUGUGUUUGGGUGGCAUGCAUAUUUGUGGUAUGACAAGGUUAAAGCUCAUAAAAUAUUUAAAAACCAUAUUGUCAGGAAAGCAUUGUUCAAUGUCUGGAUAAGAUAUAAAGACUUAUUGGAGAAUAAAACCCCAAGGUGGCUAUCACCAAUGAAGGCAAAGGCCCUGAAAAAGUCCAAUAUGGAGGCCAAGUGGCCAAAAUAUUGGGAGAUCCUGGAACAAGAAGGAGAUAAAUUCAAAUUGCAGAGUUUUGAAAAACUAAAAGAUAGAGUGCGAGACUGGUUGCAUUAUUAUCAAAUAAGAGAGGUCUAUAAUUUGGAUAGAAAAAUUGGCUUCCAGGUGGAAAAAUCAAAGUUGGAAACAGAACUGCUAGAUCCCAAAACUAAAACACUUUCAAGAAUGUAUAACUUGCUGCUAAAAUGGAAUACUCAGGAUGAAACGGUAAAAUCUGCUAUGAUUAAAUGGGCACAGGAUGUUGGACACAACAUUAUGUUUGCUGACUGGGAACGGUUAUGGACCACAGGUACGAAGUUUACAGCAUGUAAUGCUUUAAAAGAGAAUAUAAUGAAAAUGGUGUACAGGUGGUACAUGACCCCAGUCAAGCUUGCAAAAAUCUACCAUUUGCCCGAUAAUAAAUGUUGGAAAUGUAAUGAAACUGAAGGUACAUUCUUUCACCUUUGGUGGACGUGCCUAAAGAUUAAGGCCUUCUGGGAAAGGAUAUAUAAUGAGUUGAAAAAGGUAUUUAAGUAUACCUUCUUAAAGAAACCAGAGGCCUUUCUCCUGGGCAUUGUUGGCCAAUUGGUGCCAAAGAAAGAUAGAACUUUCUUUAUGUAUGCAACAGCAGCAGCAAGGAUACUUAUCGCAAAGUAUUGGAAGACACAAGACUUACCCACUCUGGAAGAAUGGCAGAUGAAGGUAAUCGAUUAUAUGGAAUUGGCGGAAAUGACUGGCAGAAUCCGUGACCAGGGAGAAGAGUCGGUGGAAGAAGAUUGGAAGAAAUUUAAAGACUAUCUACAGAAAUACUAUAAAAUUAAUGAAUGUUAAAUUGAGGUCUGAUUGAAAAUAACUGGUAUUGGCAAAAGCCUUGCGUUUAAGAGCAUGGAAUAUUUGAUUGAUAAGGUUGUAAAAAUAUCUAUAUAUAAAUAGAUUAAGUUUCUUGAGUUAAGAUAAAGGAAGGAGGGUAAGGAUUUGCUGAAAGGAGUUUUUAAAUGGAAAUACAAGUGGGGAGGUGUGGGGAAGUCAAAGAACCAAGGAAAGAUAAGAAGGUUAAAUGAGAGUAUAAAUUUUUAAAUUUUUCUGUUUCUUUUUUUUUUCUCUUUUUUCUUUCUUUUUUAUGGUUAUUGUUAUUUUUUGUUUUCCUUUUGUCACUGUUAUUGUUGUUUUUUGUCUUUGAAAUUUUGUAUUUUUGUAUGUUUUGGAAUCUUUGUAAAACCAAUAAAUAUUAUAUUAAAAAAAAAAAAAGAAAGAAAAAGAAAAAAAAGAAAAGAAAAACAAGGAGGUCUUCUUCUGGUGUCAUAAAGACCAUAGUGAAGUGCCAGGCAAGCUUUUGGGGGGCGGGGGAGACAUCUCAUAAAUGGGGAGAUACCACCACCUUUCCCUCGUAGCUGUUUUUUCUCACUUAAUUAGGUAGGAAACCUGGAGGAAGGCUUCCAAGGAAGUUGCAGGGUCUGGACAGAUAUGUAUGAGGGAUGGUGAACUGUCAGGUAACCCAGCCCUAAGUCAUUUUAGGGAUUUAGAGGUUAAACCCAGCACUUUGUAUUGGUCCCAAAAACAUAGCUGUCAACGUUUUCCUUUUUUAAGGGAAAUUCCCUUAUUCCGAAUAGUAUUCCUUGCAGGAAAAGGGAUAAGUUGACAGCUAUGCCCAGAAAUGGAGUGGAAGCCAGCUAAUUAAGUCUGUAGCCUAGUGAUUGGAAGGAUAUAGGAAAUAUGGCACAAGGAUAAAGGUUUACACCUUGCUGUGCAGCCAGGGAUAUCAUACAUAGAUAGACAUGGUCUGGAGGUGCAGUUUCAUUCAGAUGGGUAAAAAAUUGUUAGCUUUGACAGUACUGACAAUAUGUUUCUAUAGACUGGGAUAGAGCCCAAGCUCUUCUACCAGGCAGCAGUUCGGUUUGGGUAAAGGUGACUUCACUGGCCAUCUGAUCAUCAUGUCAGUUUGCAAAUAUACAUGCUGGUGCAUAUUUAUAUCUUUGGAUCAGGUCAAUAUAUUGUUAGGAUAUUUCCGUUCCACCUUAAAAGGGAGCAGGCUUUGUGAGUCACAGAGUCUGCAUAUUUCCUGUUCACAGGAUGUUUCUGUUGUGUCUUUGCUUUCGUUUCUCUCUCUGUGCCUGAACACUGAAGCAGGCAGUCAUGUUUUUCUUUGUUCUGACCAACGCUGAAUAAACUUGUAAAUAAUACUCUCCUGCGUGCAUCUUUCGCUGUGCAUUAUCUGCUGAUAGAGCGUGCACGAGUUCUGGAAUGUGGCAGGCUAUUUCUGGAGCUCGUGUCGCUAACUGCUGAUACUGCGUGUCUACGGGAGAUUGAUGGACGUCCAGAGACGGCUUGGGGGCCAUGAUGGACUUUGUCUCCCUGGCAGUAUCCCAACAUAUAUAACUAUCAUGUCUGGGAUAAUAUGGUACUAAAGUUUUGACCAGUUUCUCUUUUCUGGCCAGGGACUGCUUCUCCUGUUUCUGAACUAGUGGUGUCCCCUGCUGGAGUAGUUGCUGAAACGCAGCGGAAGGAACCUUUAGACCUCUCUCCCUAUAUUAGGUAAAUUGCAGCAAGUGUUUAAAGUUUGGUUACAACAUAUAUAUUUUUAAAUGUGUAAAAGUUAAGAAAUGUAGGGUUGCCAUAUUUCAAACAGUAACGGAAAAGUUGUUGAGCUUUUUGUUUUUGUUUUGCAAAAAAAUGACUUUGAUGGAAGUUCGGCAAAAUUGACACCGCCAACAUGGGUUGCCAUACAUCUUGAAGGUUUUAUCGAUUUCCACCUGGACACUGUUGCCAAAUGCAGUAUUCCAUAUAUGGCCAGGAAAUUCCAGACAAAAGGCAACCCUAAGAAAUAUUUUAAAGUACUCAUCUAGCUCCUAUGGUUAGUUGUAUCCCAUGAAGUUAUCCCAUUAGCAGAAGAACUCCCACUUGUGUGAGGGCACUUCCCCUCUAGAGGGCUGAGAACACAACAUGCACUUGAAAAGUUCAUUCCGCUCAAUCAAAAGUCCUUUUGCGAAAAGGAUGGCUUUCUCGGAUACAGACCUUUAUAUGCCUUUAUAUUUAGCAGUACACCAUGUUGUCUCAUUUGUGCCUAGUCCCAUUGUCUAAGCAUGUCCUGCUCCCAAAGCUAUGGAGAUGGAGUGGAUCUGGAUCUCAGCACCCUGAAAUCAAUUCUAACUAAGCAGCACAUCAAAGGGAACUAUUUAAUCUCUGCUUUACCCACAGAAAAACACUACCUGAACCUGUCUUGAAAAAUGAAGCUAUUAUUCAAGAGCAAGAGAUGCGUAAGGCAGAAGAAAUAAAUCAUUUUAGACAAUUUCGAGAGAUGGUUGGAGAACACAGAGGGCAAGAACACAUGGCUAGGAAUCGGUUGAAGCAAAAUGUACUUGAUAUGUAUGACAGUCUUCAGGUAAGUAUGCAUAAUUCUGCUAAUCAUUUGAAUAAAUGUCUUAUUUAUUUAUUUAUUUAUUUAUGCUUACCUGUUACGUUUUUGCUUGGUUCAUAUUUUUCCUGAUUUCCUUUCACUUCCUUUUCUUCCUUUUCUUUCUUUUUUAUCAUCAAUCCAAAUUUGGUAUGCUGAGGAUGGAGAGGAAGUACAACAUGCAGUUAUAGUGACCAGACAUUGCAAUAACAUGAUCCUGUGCAUGUUUACUCAGAGAAGUCCUGCUGGGUUCAAUGGGGCUUGCUCCCUAGGCAGUUUCUUUAGUAUUGCUCCUUAGAGUUAUGUAUGAACAAGCAGCCCCUAGACACACAUCUUUAAAAAACCUUCAGUAUAAUACAUCUGUGUGGUCAUUAGAAAAAUAAAAACUUUGUGAGAAAAUAUACAUGAGCUCUAGGUAACUAAAAUAUUCAUGCUUUUAUAAAAGUUGUGCAACCCACAGUAUUGAAGAGAUAAUACUUAGGAUUUUUUAUUACAGUACCUUCUAUGCUACUACAGACUUCUGGGAAAUAACAUCUUGUAAUAAUUUGGAAAUCAAACAAAUUGCAUACACAUUUGAUGUGUCUUAUACUUUAGAACAUUUGUUGCGUUUUAACAUUCUUGUAUCAAGAUGCAGAAUUUUUCCAUAGGUAGAAAAGGCCUGGUGUCAGAUAAUACGUAAGGAAUUCAUUGUGUAAGGAAUUUUCUUGGUUGUGAAGUAAGCGUUCAGAAUUUUAGAACACUGAAAUCUGCUCAAAAUAUUUGGUUGUUGUUUUAGGUAUACAUCCAAGAUUUAUAAGUAUACACUUGAAAAGGUAAAUGAUAGUUUCUCCCAUUUGAUAUAAUUAAACAAAACUGACAAUUAAGCCAUGUAAUUGAGAAAAGGAAAGGACUCACAUAUUUAUGGAAUAAAUGAAGUACUUAAAAUAUUACUAGAAAGGCACUAGAUUUAUUAUAUACCUAUAGGUUUAAUUUUGAAUAGAGUGGAUGUGUUUGUCUUUGGAUAGGCAUCCUUAGAUGAAGCACGAGGCAGGGUGCUCAGCGUCCGGGAAGCAUACAGAGCUAAGCUAUUAGAAGCUGAGCGCUUAAGAUUAGAAGCACUAGCAGCUGAAGAAGCCGCUCUUCGAGCAGAGCAAGAAAAGAAAACCCCAGAUGUGCAGAAGAAAAAAAAGGGAGGAGGAAAAGGAGGGAAAGGAGGGAAGAAAAAGUAAAUUUGCUUGAAAUAGAAGCUGGGUAAACCUCCUUACUGGUCAGAAAAGAGCACCAGUUUUUGCAGUAUUUUGGAAUGCAAUUCUGUCUUUUUUCCAAGUGUUAUUUUUGAAAUCCAUUUGUAAUCUUUAAAUGAUAUUGAUUUUAAAAUUGUAACUGUAUGCCAUUACUUUGGCAUUAUAUUUUUAUGCUUUAACUGCAAUAAAUGUUUGCAACA